CAUGUACAAAAGGGGGAAAAAACGUGUAAUGUGCCCGCUGUGUGUUUUUUAUAUGACUUAUGUAAUGAUUCUAUAGUUGUUAUAUAAUGAGUGGCUCUGUAUUCUUAUUCAAACUCCAUCACAAACUGACUCAGGGAAAGUUAGGUCUGUUGGGCCACCGUGCCUUCACCAAUAUAAUGGGUAUACUCUCUUCUGGCAUGUGAUUGUUGUGGAAGUCAGAUCUGUGAAACCCUCACACUGCGGAGCACUGGUGUGCUGGUGAACACUAGCUUGUGGCUGCUGGUAUCAUCCACACGUUUCGUAGGAUAUUUGCAAAAUGUUUCUGAGCUAUAGUGAAUCAGCCCCAAAUGGGCAGCCAGGGUGGCAGGAGGGUAGUGCAAGUCAGUCCUCUUGGUAAGACGGAUGCUGGCACCUUGAUCCUAGCCUCGGGUUCAUGGAGGGCUUGUGCUGUGCUGGCCCUGUAGUUAAACUAUAGGUUUUCAGCGGAUGAAAGCCAUAAGCCCAACAGUCACUCAAGCCAGCCACCUGGCUCUGCUACCUGCUGUUGGGGAUCUUGCCCCGACCCAGCUCCAACCCUCGUGGGAAGCGAAGCACUGUCUCCCUCGUGGCAUGCUGUUUAUGUGCUCUUAUGAUCCUUGCAGCUGCUCAGCCCUGCCACCACCCCAACCUGAAGCACUUUUACAGGCAGCCCACGGUAGAAACAUUGGCAUAUUGGCUUUGUUCCUUUUACAUUGUUCCCCGCCCCCCCCCCCUCUCCAAAAUACAGCCCUGUGGAUUGAAUGUUCACAUUUAGGCAAAUGUUCCAGCAGAGUCUAGAAGCCUCUGGUGCAUGGUGUUGAAUUCAUGUUUUCAUUUGAAUGCGGGCCCACCUCUUAGCAUUGUUUAAAGAUAACCACUUCUGCUGUGUGUGUGUGUGUGUGUGUGUGUGUGAGAGAGAGAGAGAGAGAGAGAGAGAGAGAGAGAGAAUGGUAUAUGCAUUUCUGUAAGUGUGUGUGUGAGUGUUUAUGGGUCUGUGAGUAUGUGAGAGCAUGUGUGUGUCUGAGUAUCUAAGUAUAUGUAUAAAUGUGUGUGUGUGUGUAAGUGUAUGUAUGUGUGUAUAUGUGUGUGUGAAUAUGUGUAAGUAUAUGUGUGUAUGAAAGUGUGUGUCAAUGAGCCUACUUUGCCUAGUACUGCUCAGUGUCUUGCUCUUUCCUGCCUGCAUGUUUGCAUGCCUGGACACCAGUCCACCCAUAUCCCAAGGGUUGCAGAGACACCUGUAAACUAUUCCUUGCUCUGUCAUUGGGACUCCCAGGAGGCCCCUUGGUCCUGGUAUAAUGUGAUCUGGGGAAGAGAUGUUCAGGCUGGAAGGCAGACAUGUGGAGGUUCCCUGGGAAGCCAGACCCCAAGCUGGCUCCAAGUGUCCUGCGUGGAAGGGAGAACCUGCCUGUCCCCUUUGGCCUAAGUCCUAGAGGCCAGUCCCCCGCCAAACAGACUGGUUCCUUACUGUCCUUUCCGUUCUUGGUUCUUCUCAGCCCUUGGAACAUGGUUCUGGGCUGAGCUACGGACAAAAGGUUAGAGUAGAAAUGGAAAAAGAGCAUGGGUCUCUGCGCCAGGCAGAUCUGAGGUGAGCUGUGGCUUGUCACAUGCUGAUUAUGAAGUCCUGAGCCAGGGACCCAAGCCUGGUCUUCAUCUGUAAAUUCAGUCCAGCCUUCCACAGAAGGCUCCUGUGAGAUGCAAAGGCUGACACUCCGUGUGAGCGCCUGUGGACCCGGGGUCAUCCCCCUUCCUGUUUCACUAUGGUCCUGAGUAGCACAGCUUUCUGAAAGGGGCCCACAGAGAUGCUCGCUGUGAUGCUCGCUGUGCUAGGGAAAUAUCUGCUUGUGUUUAUGACCUGGCUGGGAGGUGGGGGAGGGGAGAAGGAUGGCUCUUUUGCUUCCCCUAACUUGACUUUAAUGUUCAGAUUCUGCUUUCUGAGAGCCUCGGGGUGGGAGGCACGGGACAGCGUAGGACAGUGGAGAUGGCUGCAGUGGGGUACUGGGGGAGAAUUCAUCUUGUCAUCUUCCUAAGUCCCUCCAGGCUCAUUCCCGUCGUUCAGCACAUCGACAGGGUGCUGGCAGUUGGGGAACUGUCUGGGAGUGGGGGAACUGGCUGAGAGUUUGGGGACCUGCUGCUUGAAGCUCAGGCUCACAGCCUUUUACCCCAUACCACACACAGACUGGGAUGUGCAGGUUCCAUACUAAACAAGGUAGAUGCUGGCUACUGUCAAGGAGCUUCCUGCCCCGUGGCAGAGACACCGGAGCCAUAGAAACAGAAAACCUGCUCUAUCUGGCUUUCAGACAGUGGGUACCUGUCCUGCAGAAGAGGAGAUGUGGCUGCUGCCACAAUAAUUCCAUGGGGAGUGGCUAGGGCACAACUCAGAGGAGGAUAUGGGAAAGAACCCGCUUCAGAGCCAGCUGUGGUUGAGACCCAAACACCAAGCUGUUGAGCAAACAUCUGGGAGGAGGACCAUGUUAAUUUCUUUCCCUGUUGCUCUGAUAAAAUACCCUAUACCUUAAGGAAGAGAGGGUUGAUUUUGGCUCGCAGUUUGGGGGUGCAUUCCAUUGUGGUGGGGACGUGUGAGUGGCAGCUGGCCUUACAGUGUCAGUAGCAGGAUGCAGAGACCCACAAACACCAAGCCUCAGCUCACUUUCUCCUUUUCAUCCCCUCAUCCACAGCAGCACCCGGGGGGGGGGGUCUUCCCACCUCAAUUAACCUAAUCUAGACGAUUCCUCAUAAACAAGUCCAGAGCCUAGUCUCCUUGUGCUCCUAGAUCCGCUCAAGUUGACAACACUAACCACAGUGGGGACCUUCCACCCAGACCGUGUACCCACUCCCCUCGGGAUGACAAACUAAGCCUUCAGGCUGGCUUUGGGCUCCUAGAGGACCUGAGUUCCUCUCCUAUCCCUGCCCAGGCCACUCCCAUCCCACCACACUGCCAUAGACUGACCUCAGGACCUUUGCACCUGAUGUUUGUUCCUCUCAGGACACUUUGAACAGAUAUCCCUCUAGCUAAAUCUCUCCAGAGCUAAAGACCCUCUCCCUUUCCUCCCUCUCCCUCUUCCUCUUCCCCCUCUCACAUCAUUAUUUUCCCACUCAUCCUGUUAUUUAUGUAUUAUAAGUUUCUCCUGUGAAGUCAGGCAAUCUUGUGUGAUAUUAUUUUUCUGUGUAACCAUGUACCUGCGAUUGUGGUUUGGACACAAUGGGUGCAUAAUAAAUACUCCAGUACUUGCUUGCUGACUGCACAGGUGAGCUCAUCUUUUCCUCCAAGAGCAGCAGUGAAGAAAGCCCAAGUCUGGCUGUGUGCUGGGCUGGAGUGGGAGACCCUCAGUCUGGCCUAGAGUUGGGACCAGGGACAGCUGGGACAUCAGCACUCACAUAGGUGACCUUUGGGAGACCAUAUGAUGCCUGAGACAGGGGCAUGUCUGUGUGGAAGGGGCAAUGAGGAGGAGGAUCCUCUAGGCAAGAAAAGGCAGUUACUUUAUCUAGAGAUACAGGAUCAGCACACAACAGGAAAGGAAGAAAGACUACACACACAUGUACACACACACACACACACACACAUGCACACAUGCACACACACACACACACACACAUCCCCACCACUGUGCAGUCUUGGGUGUCCACACACAUACCCACAAUAACAAUUUCAUAUUCCGCCUUAGCCUUUUAGUAUUUGCUCUCAACUACUCGGUCCUCUGUGCCCUGUUUCUUCCCAGGAAGAUUAUGGAUGCUCCAAUAUGAUCGUGUAAUGAAUGAUUAAGAACCUAGACCCAACGCCAAGUACGAGCUCUGUGUCCCUGGGAAAGUAACUUAAGCCAUUUGGUUCUCUUCCCUGCAUUGUAAAAUGGGAGUGAUGCCAAUCUCAUAAAUGGUUAUGGAGGUUAAAUGAGAUGAUAGACAGAGAGGGACGUAUACAUUACACAUGGUGUUAAGUGGCUGGCUACAUGGCCAGACCUGUAGAAAGCCCCAGGUGUUAAUGGAGCAUUUAAAGAACGUGUGGUAAGCAAGACAUAUAGGAUUCACUGGAUGUCAAAAGAUCUGUGUGGAUUUGGAGAGAUGGCUCAAUGGUUAAGAGCACUGACUGCUCUUCCAGAGGGCCUGGAUUGAGUUCUCAGUACCCACCCGGUGGCUCACAACCAUCUGUAAUGCUGGUUUUAGGGGAUUCAACACCUUCUUCUGGCUUCCACUGGCAUCCAUGUGAGGCCCAAACAUACAUGCAGGCAAAUCAUCCAUGUAAGCAAAGUAGUGAUGAUGAAGAUGAUGGUGGUGGUGGUGGUGGUGGUGGUAGUGGAAGAGGAGGAGGAGGAGAAGGAAGAUCUGUGUGCCUUUUGGCUUUGAAGUUGAGCAAACUAUGAAAAAGGAGGACUUUUCCUGAGCACAGGUCACUCACUAGCCACUGGCCACAGAAGCUACAGUUCUAUGCAGAAGGGAACAAUUUUCAUAAAGGCCUCUGCCCUGACCAUUUAAAUGGAGUCAUUCUCAAAACAGAAAGAUGAGUCACAUGUGUCUCCUGGUCCCUUGCCACUGUUACUGUCUGUCUGUCUGUCUGUCUGUCUGUCUGUCUGUCUGUUUGCAUGGGGGUGCUGUAAUUGAGUCUAUGGGUGCAUGUUCUAGACUGCUGUCCUACUACUGAGUUAUAUCUCUAGCUGCCCUUGGAUGUUGCUCACCCCUAAGCCAUUGGGUGGGACAAGUUCUCAGCCUGUGCCUCAGUUUCCUUGUCUGCCAAAAACCACUGCUGGUAACUACUAGCAGAGAGUGCCGUAGAUGUCCAAAUGGAAGGGGUGUGUGUGUGUGAGGUGACUGCAGGGGCAGGCACAUGGCAUACAGUAAGUGACAACGCUGGCCCCAGUCCCAGGAAGAUACUCUUGUGUUGACCCCACAUCCCUUCCUGCUGUUUUUAGUGCUCCCUGUCACAGUCAGGAAGGGCUUCACAGCUAGGCAGCAGGAGAGCUGGUCUCCCAGACAGGGGCAGAGCCAGUAGACAUUAUGCUCCUCCCCACGAAUGGGAAAGUAAGCCACAUUGAGGCUGCAUCCAUCUUGCUUCCAAAAUAGUGCCUAACACGAAAGGUCUUGAGGCUCCCAGGCUUUGCUGAAAUCAAAGACUGCAGAACAGCAAUGUGCUCCUAGUCUGAGUGGCACUCUCGGUCUGCAGCUCCUUGUUCUACCUCUCCCACCUUUACCCUUAUCACCCCUGUUCUUCCAUCUACCCUGAUCUCAGUCAGCUCUAUGCCCAGCCUUCCCUCACCAAGUCUCAGGGAGCCGCCAGGAAAUCAAGCCCAAGUCUCCUUUCAGGCAGAGCAAUGGAGUUCUCUCAUUUCCCCUCUGCUUCCAGACCAGGGCCCCAAGAGGCACUUGAAGACCUUUUCCUAGACAAAGAAUAACAAUUAUUGGAAAACUGUAAGAAAGAGUCCUUGGAACGGAACUGUGUCUUAUAGAAGGCUGAAGUAGCUUCAGACAGUGUUUGGUGCCAGUGAUUUUUGUUUUGUUUUGUUUUGUUUUGUUUUGUUUUUUCUGACAUGCUCACACAUGCACAUGUAUGGGUAAACACACAAGCACAUUCAGUCUGAGGAGGUUCAUUCCCUACCCUCUCUCUGUCUCCCUCCCAUCUUCAAGGCAGUUCUAGACAGUGAGCGUCUGAGCUUUCAACUGGGCAGGGGUAGUGCAGACAGACAAUCCUGCUAGUAAAGGGGCAGAGAAGGACCUGGACAUGUCCCAGUUUAGAAGGUACCUGUGUGGCCCUAAAUCAUGUGUACUGUUCUGUGGCUCAGCCUGACCCUUAGCACCUCUCCUAGCAUGGCCCCAUGGCCUUCUCCUUUCUCCCCUCUUCACCCACCCUUGCUGCCCUACCUACAGCCAUAGACCCUGUUGUCCACAGCAAGGUUCUCCCAUUCUUAGUCUUUGUAGGCUGCCAGGGACACCUCCAUUAAACUCUUCACCCUCUUGGGGGAGCAGCCUUGGGGCCACUGUCCACCUCCCCAACUCUCUUGUGUUUGUUGCUGUUGUUAAGACAAGUCUCAACUAUGCAACCUUGGCUGGACUGAAACUCACUGUGUAUGCCAGCUUACUCUUAUCAGCUGGUGAAUAUAAAUGUAGCCCCAGGGAGGUGUCCUUUUGAGCAGUGACCCUGGUGACCACCGGUGUUCUAGGAGGUGGCUGUAUUACUGGACAAGGAGCCCAGCUUGGGACUGAGACUCACAAUCCAAGGGUGAAGACUGCCUGUGGUCAGAGGAUCACCCUGCUGCCUUGAGACAUCUAAUUAGCCACCAUUUUCCCAGGAGACGGCUCGGUUGUGUAAUUUUAUUUCCAUACCUUACACUCCCUCCAUCAGCACACGGGAUCUGGGCCCAUCUUUUGCCAGGCUUGUUGUUUGUUUGCAUUCCAACCAUGCCAGGUGCCCCCCUCUCAUCUUUCCUCAGCUCCCGCCCACCAGGGAACAUGCCUGCUGGCAGGUGGGGGAGGGUGCAGGGAAGAGCUUUCCCACUUUGCCCUAGGACCAGCACGCUGGGAAUGCAUGGUUGCACUUCCCGAGUGGCACUGGGCUCGCUGGUGACUUCCCUCCCCUCCACCCCCAUUGUCAUCUGUUUACAGGGAAGAUGAUGGGAAGCAAUGGACAUUAGAGUUGGAGAUACCUUCUCACUGUGUAGACCAGGCUACCUUUCUCACUGUGUAGACCAGGCUACCCUUCUCACUGUGUAGACCAGGCUACCCUUCUUACGGUGUAGACCAGGCUACCCUUCUCACUGUGUAGACCAGGCUACCCUUGAAUUUACAGGGAUGCAUCUGCUUCUGCCUGUAGAGUGCUGGCUUUCGGAGGGUACGCCACAGCAAUGUGACUUACUUCUCUGGGCCCUACCCUCACCAGCAGUGAGGUGACAACCCUUUGCACAGGCAGAUUCUUCACCCUUCUCUAACUGGCACAUCCCAGAUGAAGUAGUAUUCACUGUAGAGCUAUGCCGACUAGAAGUGCCAGCUGCAUAGGCCUUACCCUCACGACAGCAGGCUGCCCUUGGCUAUUCAAAAGCUUCUAUCAAGUCUGGAUUAUACUGGCCCAUUAUUCAGGAUUACUAGACAGUGCAAACUCUUUCACUCCAUUACACAAUCUGACUUCUGUCAGUUCCAAGGAGCCAGCCGGAAGGGACACCCUGAAGCCACUGUGAUGGCUCUUGCUCUUGCCUCCCUGGGCUCAUGUCAUGUUUCUCUCCUACUUAGAACACAGCCAAGUUCUCAGCACUAAGUAAGACACUAUUUAUGUUCUCUGGAAAACGAGCCCAUCUCCACUCUAUUGAAUGGAUUCCAUUUAAUGGAAAUCCCACAUGGGACUUCACACCAGCUUUCUCCAGCAAGAUCAUGGCUCAGCACCGUCAUCCAUGUGCUGGAGAUACUAAUAGUCCCACUUAACAGACAGGGAAACUGAGGCUUUGAAAGUGUACAUAUGUCUAAGAUCACAUAAUCGGUAAGGAAGGAACCUGAGGAAGCUGGCUCAGGCUGUCCUAAGCUUGUCUGCCUUGUGUCCCCCUCCCCCAGCUGUGAAUUCCUUUGUGUGUGGGAGAGCCAUGUCCAUCCUUUCACUGGAGUGCCUGGCAAGGGCUCACUAAGGCCCUGUGAUCAAGAACAUGGUUCUUUGCAGGCCUAGCCUCCUUCUGUCCCUCCCCUUUGGCCUCUGCUUCCACAUCUUCGUGCCAGCAGCACAUCAGGGGGCCUCUACUUGGAUGGCAGGUUGCUGAAGCAAGCAAAGGCUUGACCUGGGCCUGGGGCUACUGGCCCAGCUCCUUGCCCUGCCUGCCUUGCAGACAGAGUGGGGCCUGGCACCCAGGACCCCCAGCCUUUAGCUGCCAGCUGGGCAGUGAGCUGCUAAGCCAGCCAAGGCGCCGACACUCAUAGCCACCAGUAGAGACAGAACCCAGGAGGCCUGGUCAGCAGUUGCCUGUGGGCUGAGAAACAUUCUGGCCCCGGCUCUGCUUCACCUCAGGAGUGAAAGGAACCUGACAGUCUGGGCUCUGUCUCCACAGUAUCUGGGCUUCACAAACCAGGCACGGCUGAGCUCAGGCUGGGAAGAUCGGCUGCUUCUCCAUGCCCCCACCGUGCACGGCAUUGACCACUGCUAGGCUAGGCACUCAUGGAUGGGCGUCCCAGAUCUGCUGGAGCUGGGCACCACAUUGCCUGAAGGAAAAAAAAAUCCUUUGUCUUUGUAGGUGUGGUUGGAAGAGCCCCUGCCCAAGGGACAAAUGGAUUCCAAGGUUCACUGGCUCCUGGCUAUGUGGCCUUUACCUUGUCUUUAGCUUGUCACUUCACUUCUCUGAACUACAUCUUUAUUUGCCAGAUGGAGAUAGUCACACAAAAAAAACUUAGCAUGGCUGUUGUAAAAAUAGAGUUCUUUUUUAGUGGUUUAUAACAUUUUUCAUUAACAUGUAUUGAUUGUACAUACUAAUGAGGUUCAUACUAAUGAGAACACAUGCAUACAAUAGGCACCGAUCAAAUUUAGCCUCUCUGUACACUACCCCUUCCCAAUACCUCCAGGACUCAUGAUGUCAGAUUCAGGUCCAUGUUCUCUCUUCUGCCAUGUAUAUAACACUGGGUGAGCACACUGUCCUGUCUCCCUUCAUAUCUGGCUCAUUUUGAUCAGUACAGUGCUCUCUGAUCCCCGUUUUUGCUGCAGAAUAGCUAACUAGUGUCCACUCUGGGUGUGUCCCGCGUGCUCUGUGUCCAUCCGUCCGCCGACUUCACACCUCAGUGGCCGAUAGUCAUCGCACAGCACACGCGGCGGUGUGCAGGUGUCACUCGGGCUGAUUGUGUUUCCUUCGGGUACAUACGCAGGCGGUGAGUAGCUGGGUCACGUGCAAGUUCUAUUUCAGUGCUGAACCUUUGCUCUGCUUUCCACAGGGGCGGAACUACUUCGCAUUCCCACCGCAGUCAGUGAGAGGCCGUUUGCCUCAACUCUGCAGCGGUAUUUAUUUUGUUUGGGUGAUUUAAAAAAAAAAAAAAAAAAAAAAAAAAGAUCCUUGCCAUGGUAACCCAGAUGCGAUGUUAUCUCAGUUUUUGAUUUGCGUUUCUCCGGUCGCUAAUGAUAAUGGGCGUCUACUCGUGUAUUUACAGUUUCCAUUUUCUUUGAGAGAUAUACUCAAUAAUUUGCCCACUUUUAAUUAGAUGACCUGGUUGUGCUGUCGCUGAGGUUAUUUAUGAAUUUCCUUACACGUUCUGAUGUUAAACCUCCGUCAGAUUAAACAGCUGGCAGAUAUUGCCACCGUUCUGCUGGGAGUGUGCAGCAGAAGCUUUUGUGGCUAGUGCUGUGGUGGUUUAAAUGAGAAACGCCUCCCCCCACUAGCCCCCCAGGCUCGUGUACUUGAACAUUUGGUCCCCGGUUGGUGGGGCUGCUUAAGGAAGUUAUGGAGUCCCAAGGAGGUGCCAUCUUGCUGGAGAAGGUGUGUGUCACUGAGGGUGGGCUUUGAGAGUUCAUAGCUUCAUCUCACUUCCAGAUUGUUCCCUCUGCUUCCUCUCUGUGGCUGAGAUGUGACCUCUCAGCUUACUGUGACUGCCACCAAGCCUGCCUGCCCAGAUGAACUCUCAGCCCUCUGAAAAUGUAAGCCAAGACAGACUCUUUCUUCCAUAAGUCAUUCCUGGCUACAAGAACUCACCCCUGCAUUUGUUAGAACUAGCAAACAUCUCCUUAGGUACAGUCAUUCUGUACCAUAGACCUUGCUUCUCAGUCAGGCUUUGUGGCGUACAUUUAUAACCUAAGCAUUCAAGAGGCAGAGACAGGCGGAUACGCCCGUCCAUCCCCUAACCCUGCUCCAGAGCUACAGUGUGAAAUCAAGUCUCAAAACACAAAACAAAAACAACAACAACAAAACCUCAAAGGGGUAGUUUCCUGCCCCUUUGUGGUCCAGCCUUGGCAGUCUUGGUCACAUGGUUCUAGUGGUUCUGUUCCUGACAGCGAUUCGGGCAACCAGGUGCUUUAGAGCCUCAGAAUCCACCAUUCACAGCCAAGGCCCCAGGAGCAAGAGGAAAUGGCUUUGGAUGUGUGCAAGACAAUCACUCUGCCAUCUCUGAAAGGAUUUUCUAGGAACUGGGGAAGUUGAAGCAAGAGUUAUGUGACAGGAAGUGACAAGAGAUAGGAUUGUGCCUGAAGGCAGAGCAGAGCACUGGCCACGAAAGCCAAGAUAGGCAGUUCCAGUCAUGGCCGAAAAUAGUGCAGAGUCAGCAAAUAGGCUUAGAUGUACAGUGACACAAUGCGAUUUUCCUUAGAGUCUGAUGGCUCCCCCAGCAUGGAGGAGCUAUUGGAGGGAGAGAGGCUGGAGGCCUUAGAACGAGGCAGAAAAGCAUCCCAGUGCUCCAGGCAAGCUUCCUCCAGGGACCAUCCAGUGCUCCCAAUCAGGGUCCCUUAGGAACAAGUGAGCAGAGAGUGUUGGGAAGAAGAGGGGAGGUGGACAGUUGUCCUCACAGGCACUGAUGGCUGCGGACUGGGGUCUGAGCUGUAGUGAAAUCUCAGACAGGUCUUGGCUCCGGUCCAUUCACUGUCUAAUUGAACCUCGUUAUUUGUGAAAAAUGCAACAUUUGCAUAGCUUGAGAGUUCAGUACAAGUCCAAAUCUUGUCAGUUAGGGUCCGCAGGCAACAAAAUGCAAGCUUUGUACUUGAGGAAGUAGAACUUUCUGGAAGCAAGUUGGAAUCUUAUCUGUUGGGGGUCUGGCUGACAAACCUAAUUGUUUUGGGACUUUCUGGCAAAAUCACAGAUGUUUGUAUUGUUCUGUUAAUAUUUAGGUCUGUGGCUGUAUGUUAUGCUGUUCUCCAUAUCUUACGGCCUUGUCACUUCCUGGACAUGCAAAGGCUUGCCCCUGGGCACUAGAGGAAGGAACCUUAUCCUUAAAAGGGACUGGGAGAGGGUGCACAAGAUCGCUCAGCAGAUAACUGUGCGCACAAGCCUAAUGACCUGAACUUCAUCCCCAGAACCCACUUAAAAGUAGAAAGAGGGAGAACCAACUCCGUACAUGUCCCAUGGCACACAUGCUCCCCCCCCCCCACUAAUAUCAAAUAUAUGAAUAAGUUUAAAUGGAAACUAAAAGUUUUUAAAGGUGUCCUGGGGUCUGUGGCUCACCUUGCUCAGUAUAGUCCAGAAGGUCUGACUUGUAGCUCAUCUAACAGAGAAUAUGUUCCCUAGAAAGCAGCUGCACUGGGUAUGGACUGCAAGCUUACCUCAUCCUGGAAGAGAUGCUUCACUUCCCAGGAGUAGUUCUCUUAGUUUAAGAAAGAAGCCAUGCAAGCAUUGCCUUCUUACCCCACCCUCACCCCCACCCCACCCCCUUUUUUUUAAGGCUGCUGGGACCCAGGCUGCCUCACAACUUUCAGGAUGAUCCAUAAGAGACUCAGAACCCACCUGAGGUAGAUCCACACCCUGUACACAUGAUGAUAUAUCUGCUCAAAAAAGUGGAAGCUGAAAAUAUCAGAAGCUGAAAAUAUUUGUAUGGGCCAGACGAAGUAUUUGAUGGUCAAUUUUGAUUGCCAUUUUGAUGAGAUUUGGAAUUAUAUCUCUGGAUUUGCGCAUGAAGGGGUUUCCAGAGAGAAGGUUAACGGAGAUGGGAAGACCCAUCCUGAACAUGGGCAUCGCUUAUCCAUGGACUGAGUACCUGGUCUGAAUAUAGAGCAGAAGACAAGCAUAGAUUUCUUAUGGAGUAUCAUGCCUUUCAAUGACUGCCCACCCACUAUGUGCUAAACAUUCUGUGUGUUACUCUAUUACAUACUCUGGGAGCUGUAUGCCACCGUACUUGGUGAGAUGAACAUUUCACAGGGUUGUCUGCCUUGAACCCCCUUUUCCUAGAGUCUCCUCACAAACCCAACUGGUAUCAACAGGAGCUGCUACAUUCCUAUGCCAGUCUGCUCCUUUGAGACUGCAUGACCGAUAUGAAGAUGAAGCAUCCUGACGAGGGCUGAACCUUUCUUUCCCUUCAUGAACAGCUCAGUACUGAGUCUGACAGCAGAGCAGCUUCACUCAGUGUCACAGAAGCAGUAAAGAAAAGCCAAGGGCCUACAUAGCCAUGCUUUCUGUCACACAGAUGGCAAGCAUUGUGGUUGAGAAAGCAGAACUGUCUAGAAGCAAUAAUUUGAAGUAAAGCAGACCAGAGUUUAACAUGUUGCCUAUAACUAGCCAUGUGAUUUGGACCAACAAUACUAAUUAGUAGUAGGAAGGGUAUCUAAAAUGCAUUAAGUCCAUACACUGUUCUAGACACUCUUCCAAACACUUCAAACAUAGGAAGUGAUAGGCACCAACUCAUUAUCUCAUCACAAGGCCAGUAGAAGGUGGUUUCUGUUAUGGAACAUAAAGAAACCAAUGCCCAGCGAGGUAAGCAUGCUCCUGAGUGUAUACCAGUGCUGGUACAUCUGUUGAGGUCAACUUACUGAUCCAUGCAUGGAGAGAAUACUGGCUCUUUUAUGGGAAAGAGCAAACAUGGCAGGCUUAAAAUGGUUGUCCUUGGACAGUCUUGCUCACAGUCAUGGCUCUAGUGUUGUAUCUAAGAACUGGGACUUCUAGAAGGUCCCGCCAUUCUCCGACAGGGAUGGCUCAUUCAUGAUGCUGAAACCUUUGCCCCAGCAGUAUGGCUUGUGCUUCAAGAGCUGGGGUGCAACCCCUCUCAGCUUCAUUGCUUGACUUAGUAAGUGACACUCACUUACAGCUUGGAGGAGGUGUGUUGACCACAGAGCACUCAGGAAGGAGUCAGCCACUCUGGAAGGGUCCUGCUUGGGCAGUAUCACCUGCAAGUUCAUUUUGGGCUUCCCUGGAGUCCUCUCCUCCAGUUCCAUUGCUAUCUUUAGCUUCCUAACCAUCGAGCUAUAGGACUGGCACCCCACGUAGAUGGUACUGUGUUCUUAGGUAUUUUAACAACAAAGGACAUAAUUAUUCCUAGAAGUUUCCCCGCCUUUGAAUAAGAUGGAACGUGGGAGAGAUGCUUUCUGCUGAUGUAUUUUUAGAUUGAUUCUCUAGGGAGCCAACUGCACCAACUCACUGAUCAGAGGGAACAAAAAUAAACCAUUGCUGAUAGGGUCGUCCAGGGUUACCUGAUUCCGUGUCGGAUACAGGGCAAGGAGACCGACCCAAAAGCAUGAUUUCCUGGAUGUCUUGGCAGCAGCAUCCUCAGUGGGAGCCAGGGCCAGGGUUUUGCUGAGGUGUCCACACCUUACACUCCCCUAUACCUUCCCCGAGAAGCUGUUGGUUUACACCGAAUUGGUCAUAUGUGUAGCAAGGAAAUAAAGAGACAGGUACAGGAAGUGGAUGAAGAGGCUAAAAGCUGGGACCCACCAAGGGGUUUCCCUGCAGUAUUCUGUGAAACAACUGCUUCAGGGCCUGCUUUGGGAUGGAGCUCUGUUACCCAUUCCCAACUCUAAGAGAAAAAUGUAGACUGCAAAGGUAGUUCUAGAAGAAGAGUGAGCCUGCAGGGACUCAGCCAGUUUUCUAGGUUGCAUGACGAGGCUAAGAGCUAAGGGAUGCAGACGUUCAUCUCAGGAGAGGUGACAUCUUCCCUCCGACUCCCCAGGGAGCCGCUGAAGCCGGAUGUGUGAAGUCUUAACAGCAGACACCACACUGCACAGGGAUAUCAUGACGCUGAUGUCAAGCUUAUCCUGGGCCCCAGGAAAACUGGAGACAGCAAGGAUGUUUAGCCUGGAGAGCAGAUGGCCUGGGUGACAGGGACACGUCUGCCCUUCUCAUGGCCUGUAGGAAGGAGCAUUGUGGUACCAUGGCAAUAAUUUUGAAGAGGUAGAGGCCUGCCCAUCAGAGGAAGAGUCCUGUAGGGGCUGUUGCAGUACUCAUGGCAGGCAGGCAGGCAGGCAGGCAGGCAGGCAGGACUCACAAGGACUCCUAGAAGCAAAGGGGGAUCCCAGGGGCCCUCUUAGCCCCAGGGCUUUUGAUUUUAGGGUCCUUGGCUUUUUUGUCUUAAUGCUAUUCACAGCAUUCCCCCAUCCUCUCACAUUCUACAUCAACAAGGCUCUCACUUCUCCUUACCAACUGAGACUUGUCAGUCCAUCCUUAUACUCUCAGAACUUUUUUAAAAACUUAUUUUUUUUAUGUGCCUUGGUGCUUUUGCCUGCCUGUUUGUGGGAGGGUGUCAGAUCUUAGAAUUACAGACAGUUAUGAGCUGCUAUAUGGGUGCUGGGAUUUGAACCUGGGUCCCCUGGACCCAGAGCAGUCUGUGCUCUUUACCAGUGAGCCAUCAUCUCUCCAGCCCCUCUAUCCCUGUGGAGCCAGGAGACUUGGCUGAUCUCUUUGCUUACCUCCUGCCCUCCUGUAACCCAGUCAACCAGAGGCUGCUGAGUAAGGGCAGCCAGCCUACCAUGAGCCCCAGGAAUCAUCCGGAACCCAUCUGUCUAGUGUUGCCUCAUCCGGCCCUCACUUGGCCAGCACUUGCUGUCUCAUUUGAUACCGAGUCUCUCUGAUCUCCACACGCUGGCUCCUCUCGGCCUUCAGGCUUUGCCUGGGACUCAUCAUUCCCCAGAGAGGCUUCUGUGCUGUCUAUACCCACAGCCUCCACUCACUCUGCCUUUGUCUUUCUGGUACUCUAUUUCUUCCCCAAACUUAGAGCAAUCAGAAUGCGUAUUCAUGAUUUAACCUGUCUUCUCCCAUUGCUGCCAUUUUCUUUGAAAACAUGAGCUGCCCAGAAGCAGAUUCCGCUUUGUCAUGACUUAAAACAUGGCUUGGCAUAUAGUAAGGACUUAAUAAAGAUCAGUGAGUUCAUUAACUAAUCGCUGUUUUUUAUUUGUUGAGGGACAGAAGGAUUUUCUAACUAGAAAACCUUAGUUGAUGAGUGUGAGUGAAGACUCCCCCCCAUGGGAAGAGCUAGAGAUGAAGCUGUGUGUAGCUCCCAUGAAUCCCUGGGUUCAACGCCCCAUAUCACAUAAAACUAGGCAUGGUGGUGCAAACCUGCCGUCCCAAACCUUGGGAGGUAGAAGCAGGAAGAUCAUAACCCAUGACACUUUAUAAGAGCCUGCUUCAUAAGACCCUGCUUCUAAAACAAACAAACAACAGGCCCAUAGUUUUCCAUACCUUUUCCUGGGUGGUCCCUAUAACCUGUCUCCAAUUUCCAUGAGGACAGUACCCACAGCUUCUCCACCACCUACACUUCUAGCCCCUACAAGUUCUGGCCAGUUAUGCUCCAAGAUAGUUCUAAAGUUUAGGCUUCUACCUGAAGGAAAAAAAAAUACAAAACAAAACAUUUCCUAAGUGUAAGAAUUGUUCCAUUAAGUGUUAGGAAAUUUUUCUCCCUGGAGGGCAUUUUAGCAGAGACGCUCUUUAGGAGACUUUCCAGGCUGACUUGGGUUUGGGGAUGGAGAAUGCAAAGAGCCAAGGACAUCCACAACCUCCUUUUAGCUCCCCCGGUCCUAACUGCCCAUCACUGUGAGACCUUGAAUUCAAAGGCUGGAUCCCCAUCUAUAAAAUUAAUUCUGAACUCCUUCCCCCACCUGGGCUCUCUGGACAUGCCAAGGUGCUGUGCACUCAGUCAGCAGCUUUGAUUGGGCAGCUUUGAUCUCUGUUGAGCAUCUCAGAAUAGUAUCUUUGCUCUCAGCAUCCUUGCCAGCUCCCGAAAUAGCUGAGCCAGAGGGGGGCCUGGAUUGUGAGCAUGUUCUAUGAGAGGUUUAAAAGAAAAGGCAGCUGCAAACGGUCAGGGGUGUGUGUGAUGCCGUAUGCUGAUGCCUGUGUGUACGUAUCAGGGAGGUAACCAUGGCGCCUGGGAAAUGAUCACUUUUGAUAUCAGUGUGCACCAACCCUAUACUCACCAUGGCUGCCUGCUGUGAAGAGUGGGUAGCUCCUGGCAGUCAAGCCCCUGAGUCAGGUGGCAAGUUACUGGAGGGAUAAAAAAAUAUAGCAAGGCCUUGGCUUCUAUGUCUGUGUCUUCUGCCCGUUUCCAGUGGGUUACCCAAAGAUCGUGUGUCAACAUGCCUUCCACAUGGCUGCCCCUGUGCUGUGUGGCAGGGACUCAUCAUGCUUUUGAGAUGUUGAUCCUUCAUACAACUCUCUAUAUAUCACAGACAGAAGUUUCUGUUUCUAAAUAACUAUGUUGGAUCUGGGUACAUGCAUCCGUGACACUGGUGUGUAACAGUCUCUAUGCAGGCAGGUGCACACUACCUCGGGCUGAGAAUCAAGAAAUUCUGGAUGUAUAAUAUGCUAUACCUUCCUCCCUGAGUGCCUUCUCCUUGAAGACUGUUUUCAGGCCUCUCGUGAUGUUUCGGCUUGCGAAGACACCACAUGCAUAUGCCCAGUGCACAUACUAAAAAUUCUUGGCAGCCUUUCUGCAGCUGGAGGAAGGGCAUACACGCAGAGAGCAGAGAAAUGCAUGUGUUUACAUUUGCGUGGGGUGAACUCAAAAGCAGACACUGGAGGAAAGGUGUUUGAUGUCAGAACAUUCUGAACUGGAAGUCAUUAUUUGCUCCUCUUUGGUGUCUACCCCAGGAGCCCUGUCCUCGAUGUGGCUUCUCUGUGUGCUCAAGUAGAAGAAAAAAAUGUCUCUAUUUGAGACCCUUUGUUCCUUAUUGCUGAAGCUGCCUUUGUUCCUACCAGUGGCUCCAGACUGGUGGUUAUAAAUUCAUGCAUCUAUUCUUAACCCCUGUGUGGAAGGUCUCUUUCUCUCUCUCUCUCUCUCUCUCUCUCUCUCUCUCUCUCUCUCUCUCUCUCUCUCUCUUUCUCUCUCUCUCUCUCUCUCUCAACAGAAGCUGAAGGACAGGCAAUGGGUAAAAGCUUUGGUCCAGUGCCGCAUCUGACCCAGAUGUUCAUGAGGGUUCCUUUGUUCCAAGCACACCUCAGCUCUGGGUCACAGGGCCCCUGCCAAAGCUAGGUCCUUGUUGAGACAGGGAAAGGAGAGCUCUAGGAAGGAACAGCUAUUUAUUGGACCAGGAGAGGCACUGGACCUGAAGAAGGAGAUGCAGAGAAGGUUUCAGUAUGGGUAUCAUCUUGUUCAGUGGGUACCAGAGGUAGGACUUGACAGGUAGACUAUGAUUUAAACAGGCAGACAUGCUAUCCCUGGCCAUGGUGAGGCUCCACCUGGAGCUGCACCUGCUGUUAUGCAGUAGCCGAGUGGGCUUAGCUAUCUGAAGUGGCAUAUUGACAAAAAUCUCAAGCCCACUUCAUUCUCGAGAGAAAAGGGGAUAGUUGGGUCAUCUUCUGUCGCUGCUGGUGGUUAAAGAUCUGCUCUCUUACAUUUCUGAAACCAGAAGCCAGUGCAAAUCUCCUAGGCUAAAAUCCAGUCCCUUGUGGCCCAUUCCUUUGACUGCUGCAGAGUCAAAGGCUGAUUUAGGCCAUUGUUUAAAGACCAUAGCUAGUGAGUCUUCCCCAUGCUCUGUAGUGAAGACUCUGUCUUCCUCCUCACUGUAAAGACCCUGUGGUCUCACUGAGAUAAUACAAGAUAAGCACCCUAUCUCAUAGUCUCUAAAUUAAUCACACCCACACAGUCCUCCUCACCAUACCAGGCAACACAGCCAUAGGCUUCAGAGGUUAAGAUGUGGCUCUCUUUGGGGACUGCAAUUCUGCCUACAAGAGAAGGGAUAGAUAAGUGAUGUCUUCCGCAGUGCCUUGUGUGCCCCAGAAGGGAUAGAUUAGUGAUGUCUGCCACAGUGUCAUGUGUUAGAUUUCUAUCACUGAGACGCCAGGCAGAAACAACUUAGGGGGGAGAAUGGAUCUAUCUGGCCAACAGCUUUGAGAGUUUCUGGGCAUGGUUGCCUAGACAACUGUUUCUGGUCAAGUUGGUGGUAGCACAAUUUCUUGCUGGAGAGGUGCAGAAGAGCAAAUCUGUUCACCUCGUAUGGUCAAGGAGCAGAAUAGGAGGAGAAUGCCUAUACCAGUGGCCUUCUCCCUUCCUCCCUUCAGUUCUAUCCAAGCUCCCAGCUUAUCAGACAGUGCUUUCUACUUUCAGGGAAGGUCCUUCCCCUUCAGUCGCUGUCGCACAUGUCAAUUAUCCCUGGAAGUGCCCUCAUAGACACACCCACCGUUUACUUUACUAAUCUCCUAGGUAUCGCUCAAUCCAGUCAGGCUGACAAUCAAGGUUAGCCAUCCAACUCUGGUAGGAGUUCAAGGCUGUAAGAAUAGAAUAGACUCUCCUAGUCUGGUAACUAAUUAUCAAUAGAGUAUGACAAGGAAUAUCAAUGGCUGAUGGUGUAAGAAGAGGAACUAACAUUUACUGAGCCUUUACUAUGUGUGUGUCAGUCACUUGCUACUGGACUCAGAAGCAUGUCUCGUGUGAUCAUGACUACAACUCUUAUUGGGUAUAGAAAGAGCUAUUGCAGCUAAGGAAAUGGAAGCACAAAGAGGUCAUGUGGUUUGCAGGGUCACACAGCUUAUAAACAACAGGACAUAAAUAGAAAACCCAAAUCUGACUCCAAUGAUCCACUGAGGCUGGGACAGCGGACUUAGAUAGGUUUUUCUAUGUACCAUGGUGUCAUUGACAGUCCUACUGGCUGCCAGGACAGUGAUAUGGCAUUGUGCUAGGGACAGCACCUGACCCCAAGCUUGUCUUUAGACCUGAACCCACCUGGAUGGUUAUCCCACGGUGUUGUAAAUUAGGUUAAGUAAGAGGCCCAGGCUUGAGCCUUCAGCCCUGUCAGCAGAAAUGCUAAUGCCUACUGAGAGAGGCCAGAAAAUGCACACCCAGCAUCUCUGGGGGUCACCGGAAUCAGACAUGGCUUGUGUUCUGAUGGUCUGCAACUGACCUUGAGGGGCUAUGAGAAAAACUGGAGAUGUGCGAUGGGAAGUCUAUCUUUGAUACAAAUAUUCUUAUCAUUACAACAGGCCCCUUUGUCACAGGCCACAGAGACCCAGCUGGCUGGCUUCCCUGCUUUGGAAAUUUUACGCAGAUGGGCUUUGGGCAACCACACAUGGCAAGCAAUGGAGAGAGGUGAUGCCUGUCUGACCUGAAUCUCUACAGUCCUGGGUGCCGUGUCCCCCACACUGCCAGAAGGGACCUUAGGUUCGGCAGAAUUAGAGGGCAGAGCCUGGGGGGAGGGGCUUCCCAGGACGGGUUGUGUCUGAGAAUGUUUCCAAGUUGAGGACAGUAGCUUGAGAGGCUUGCGAGAGAUCAGCUCAAAUUCUCAAACAGCAGCCGUGUUCCAAGCACGUGCUUUUAAUUGCAUCCAGAGAUGUGGAGUAACUUAAAAAAAAAAAAAAAGUCACACUCUUGAAUAUGGUGGAACCAGGACUUGAACUCAGUUCUGACUUGUUUUGUGGCUCAUCUGUCCUCAGACACUGCAGAAAGAAAUCCCCACCCCAACUUGUAGACUGCUACAGAGAGGUGGCAGCGAUUCUCAGAUAUGCCAGCUCCUUCUGCACCAAAUAGAGGCUGAAUGGCACUGGCACUUAUCCUUUGGGGCUGUGCAUUUAGCUGUGCUGGCUGCUGUCCUGCCGUGGUCAGUGUGCUGAGAGUCCCAUUGCUCUGUUGCCAGGGGCAUGCAGAAGACACAGUCCUGCUAAGAGCAGGGCUAAGCACACACAAACCUGCACGUUGUAUUCCAUAGGAAGAUGGGUUCCCAGUAGACAUAGAGAAGCUGAUGUUCUUACUGUUGUCACCAAGGCAAACUGUGGAGGGGGCUUCAGAUCAUACCCGGGGUUAAAUCUCCCCUUUGCUUCCUGUAUGGUUCCACCUCUUCCAUCCUCCCAAGCCAGCAAGUCUAAACCCCUAACUGCAGGACAAAAUCAACCCCUGCUGGACAGCUGGAACCUGGGCCCCUCUUUGCUAACAUCAGCAUCACCCCCAUCCUUAUAACCCCAUGAGGCAGACAGCAUCGGUCUCAUCUGUCUAAGGGAGGCCCAGUCGCUUGGCUAGUUUCUGCAACAAGGGAUUGGAGCAAGGAACAGGCUUGUACCUGCAUCUUUCUGCUCUGAACCUGGACUUGUCGGCAGCCAAUCAAUUCUUGGUGGGGAGCCUAGCCACUGACACACACAGAAUGGGUGGAGAGAGUCCAACCAUCUGACCUACCCUUCCUACUAUUGAAAGGUUGAGAUGAGGGUCUCUCAUAUGGCUUCCAUCCCUCUCUUUUCCAAUGUCUGAUCCAGAAGUUUGGGAAUGCUCACAGAUCAACUACUAAGGGCCAGACAUGGUGCUAGGACUUCAACAUUUGACUGCCCCUCAGUGAGAUAGUGGUUGUCUUUUCCUUAUAUAGAAUGACAACCCUGAGAUUCAGGUGGCUGGUGAGUUUCCCUGUGAGUGUUCAUGGGGCCUCUCUGUUAGGCACUGUGGCUGAUGUGGUGUGGCAUGUAGAUACUAGAGCUGGGCUUAUACUCCAGUGCAAAAGCUGACUGCUCACUUUCCAAGAAUCCUGUGGGCUACUUUUUAAAGACAGUUAUUAUUAAAAUUUAAAUUUUAUUGCCUGACAAGUAGAUGCUUUUACAUUAAAAAAUGAAGGUUGUAAAUCCCCCAGACUCAUCACUCUCAGCGAUGUUGUUGCUGCCUGCACCACUGGAGUCGUUCGGCUCUGCUACGGCCCAGGCUAGGCAUGCAGAUGAAAUAGCACAUAUUGGUUUGCUAUGCAUAAUUCUUUUCAAUGUACUCCUCUAUGCAGGCACACAGGAGCAUGAAAUCAGCCACAGUGGGAGGAUUUUCUCAGCAGAAGCUAUAGAUCACAGCUGCUUCGUGGGUCCUGGAGAGAAUACAGCCUGAAUACUUUGUAGACUGUCCUGCCUCAGACAUGUCCUAUAUCAGCACUGGGCCCAGGGACAUGUGUCUGGGCAGUUCACUGGGUUCUUUGGUGGUUGGAGAGACAUGAAUCUCCCAGGGUCUCUUCCACACAGCAGACAUAAAGAUGUGCUGCCCAGGUUGAGGGCUGGGACAGGGACUGCAGGAAGCUGGAAAAGGAGAGGAGAGUCCUCCUGGAGAGGUCCUGGAAGGAGCUUGGUGCUUCUGGUUCUAGAAUUCUGGGCUCCAAAGCUCUCAACUGUGGUAUCUUACCAUGGAUGCCUUCAGCAAGGAAACAGACCUCCAUAUGACUGAACCUUUCCAAACUAAGGACUUAGGUAAACAAUACCAGCACAGGCAGUUACACAAAGACUUGUUCACCCGUGAUUAUAGCAGGUUCAAUUGCUAUAGGCCCAAACUGGAAAUAAGCCAAGUGCCCAACAAUUAAAAAGUGAAUAUACUCAUUGUUACACAUUCAACUGUGAAAUACUAUCUAGCCAUGAAUAGGACCAACCUGCAGGCAGGCACAUGAGUAACAUAAAUGAAUCUUAAAGACAUUAUACUGGGAGAUAGAAGCCAAGGAGAAAAUCUGAAUGUAGAAUAAUUCCAUCUGUGCAAAAUUCUAUAAAAGGGAAAUUUAAGCUCUAGGAAUGAAAGCUCAGAGAGCCUUUGGGGUAACGGGAACACCUAUAUCCGGAUUGCAGCAGCAGCAGCGACAGAAGCCACACAUUUUUAGAAACACUUCCAAUGGUGCAUUUUAUUCUGUGUAAAUCAGUGCUUAGUGCAGUUAUCCUAAAGAGGGAGAUCUGCCUGCUCAGGUCACAAGGGGCCGAAGCAUCAUUGUCUAAGUCCAAGUCUCGGGGCUCCUGAAAUAAACAUCUAUUCCACUCCAUUCUACUGAGCAGGCACAUUGUGUGGACCCACUGUAACCCUGGGGAGCUUUUCUGGAAGAUGUCCUUCAUGGCUAUUCUCCAGGGCAGAUGGGUUUUCUCGGGGGGGGGGGCAGGCUGUGUGGAGGUAGAUUAAGUGGUAGCUAAACUCAGGUAUUGUUAGUUUACCAGGCCCCUAAGGGGAAAGAGGUUCGAAUGCACAUCCCUGGGGUACAGGUGACAAGGAUGCCAAUACUCCUGGCAAGGCUGUGUGCCAUGUUUAUAGUGAGCAUCUGCUGGAGAGAGUGGCCUUGGACCAUUGGGGGUGAGGCUUUUUUUUUCCUAGAAUUUAAGAGUGCUUCCCCCACCCUUUACCCUCUGCCUAUCAGGCCUUGGUGUCCACAUCUACCAAAGAAACAUCUUGCAUUGGCUUUGAACUUUCAUUGUAAAGACGUACUUAGGUAAAGUAUGUCAAACGGUGACUGCAACCAAGAUGAACGCCCAGGACAAGGAUCUUAUUGGUAACCUGAGUGAUUGAAAAGACCAUAGAGGAUCCUUCUGGAAACAGAAGCUGGGAAGAUGAACCCAUCAUCUAUUUUCAUCCUUCCUGGAAGGACAGAGCAGAUGGGAGUCCUGGCAGAUGCCAUCUGUUUCUAAACACCGUUUCUGGCAGGGUGUGUCAUGAAACAAAACCAAACAUGCCUUUUUCCAAUCUCAGAAUGAUGGAGCUCUACUUGGAUAGGUCUUGUGAGGAAGGGUCCUAGGUGCCUGAGUGAAGAGGCAAAGCUGCAGUCUGGGUGGUGAAAGCAUCCUGGGACAGAGAAGGAUCUUACCCACUAAAUCAAUGCAUGAGCUGAAUCUAACAUGUUAGCCUAUUAAGAGAAGCCAAUUGCCAGAUAUACUGUCUGUGUGCCCUUCUGCUCCCCCCAGCUAAUGGAAGCCUUCCUUCAGCAUCUUCAACAGGCUCUGGAGUGCUGCCAGAGGGCUUGGAGGGAUCUUUGGCCCAAUCACAGGCCCCUUGCAGAAUUAAUUUCUCCUUUCUUACUUUGUUUCAUUUCCCCUCAUCUUCCAAAGCAAUGCAUGUGCAAAACAAUCACUAGCAGAGACCUGUAUGUAACCAAAAGGGGGAAGCAGAGUUUCAGCACCUACCCCCACCAAGUGACUGCUCUGGGCUGCUUUCCUUGCCCAGUCCCACCCCCCCCCCCCGCCCCCUACCCCCAGUGCCCGUUGCUGUUUGUAGUCCUGCUCUUACAUCCAUGUGUGUCUGUGUUCAUGUACAGCCAUAGAACUUCCCAGCACAAAGAGAGCCGGACUGUAGCCAGCAUUCUCCUUUUCACCAGGUGCCUUCCAUGGCAGCACAUGGAAAUUCACUCCUCUCUCCCUCCAGGCUGCGACAUGCUGGGUAAUCUGCACAGGCUACAAUUUGCUCAGCCAUUGAGCAUUUGGGGUGUUGCUGUCUCUCUUCAGUCUACAGAACAUUGCUUUUCUGUUUGUGAAAGCUUCCAGGGAAGGCUGAGGGCUAUCCAGCAGCAAGCUCCAGCCCUUCACAGCCUCUCAGGCACCAUCCUUCCUCCACCCCACCGCCACUCUUAGCGACUCCCCUCUCAGCUCAGCCUCUCCUGCCCUUGUCCUUAAUAGCAUGUGACACUUGGCACAAGAGCUACCAAGCUGAGGAGGAGCUUAGUUCUAUCCUUGAUGCCUUUCUCUAAGUGCUCUUGUUAAUGUUUCGUGAUGGAUGGCGGAGAAACCUGGGAAAUGUACCAGCCUGGAUUCUUAAAGUAUCUGCGUGCACUGACUUAACGUAUUCAUUUAUUCAGUGUGACAGCAGAGAGAGGAGUGCUGUGAGUGCAGAAACAAGCUUCAGAGGGGAGUGGGGAAUAGAAGGGACAGGACUAGCUUCUAUUAAGCCUCUCUUAGAGCCAAGCAUCUUACCAUUCACUGAGCAUCGACCUGCCAGGUUGCUGUGAGUAUCUCAUUUGCAUAUGAGAAAAUAGACAUGAAUCUGCAGACGACUAUAGACACAGACGGACAGAAUUGGUAGCAAAACCUACUCCCUCUAUGGCUGUGAAUUGGAUAACAUCAAUAGCUAAUGGUUAUGCCUGUGUCCUGGGAGCCAGGCCCCAUCCUGAGCUUCUUGUGGGUUCGAAUAUACUUGUACUUGUGUGAGGGAGUUGACCACAAUGACCCCCAUUUUACAGACCAGGAACAGAGGCUCAGAGCUUAAGUCACCCCUUAAGUGUGAUAAACCCUUCUCUGGCAGGGCUGGGAGCUGAGUCUGGGGAGGCCGCUCCUGGACAGAGCCAUCCCACCACCCCACAUUUUGCCUAGAGACAAUUCAAGGGUGACUAAAGACAAGGGUCAGCAGCCUUGUGCUCCUUUGGGACCCUGGCAGAGAAGGAAGAGAGCAGCAGCUCUCUUGAUGCAUCUGAUAGAGCUGACAGGGGUCAUUUUGAGAGACCUGGCUCAGGGUGGCUUUCCCUGCAGAGACUGGGCAGCGUCAACUCGGACUCUCCACAUUGCACUCUUCUCAGCCCACAGCUUCAGGCCAGGUGUCUCUCUAAAUAGCAAACAGAAAUGACAAAACACAGAACCUUGACAGGGGCUGUCAGGACAUCCCAGCCUAUGAGGAGAUGGAAGACUGCAGGUGGUUUGAGGCCAGAGUUGACAAUGGAGAUGAGCCAUCCCCAGGAACACCUCAGGCUGGCUGGUGUGAGGACCUCUCAGGCACAGCUUUUAUCAGUAGAGCAGCUAGCUAAUCAAGUGUGAAACCAAGGCUUGUGGCCAGGGUGGCUGGCUGUGCUGAAGAAGCAAAAAGGAGGUCACCUGUGCUGAGAGGAAGGGAAACCAUAGAGGUGGUUGUGGCAGAGCCUGGUAGGGCAAACCAGGGCUGCAAGUGCACACAUUGGGGGGCUGCAGUGAAUACAAUCAGAUGUGCUAGUGUGUCCUCCCUGGCUGUUGAUGCAAAGUAAAGGCUGCUGGUAGAAGGAGGAGGAGUAGAAAUAGGACAGUCUGGGGCUCCAGCAUAACCCAUGAACUCAUCUGUAGGAGCACUGCUCCAAGGGAGACAUGUCUCCUGGACACGUGUGAUGGCUCAUGUGACAGCUGCAGGUCUGAGAUGUGAGUAGGAUGUGUGAGCAGGUAGAGCCAAUAGCGUUGUGAUUUGGAUGAAAGGUAUUUGAGAAGGAAGAAUCAGGCAUACUAUCCAAUGCCACCGAAAGUGGACAGAAAAUGGCAGAGGGGCAGGUCAUGAGAAAGAAGGGGGACUCGAGAACUCUCUUGGCUUUGAUCUAGUUGCCAGAACUUCUAGAAGUCCAAGUGGGACUAUGGGAGAGGAACUUGGCGUGGCAGAUGCAGGGGUCCAGCCUGAGGUGCAAGUUGAGAACGGUUGAAGCAGAGCAUCUCCAGAGCUCACUGUGGCCUUCUAAUAGACCUGGAAAGGCAGAAGAGCAGAAUCAAGCGGCCAGAAUUCCGUUUCUGUGAGUGCUCUUUGUGGUGAGAGUCUGAUUCAUUUCCACGUUACACUGCAGAGCAGCUAGAAGUCAUUUCACGCAUCUGGUUCACAAAAAUUAAAGAACAAAACAGCAGCACCAACAAGAACCAUCACCAGUGGCCCAGAGAAGGUGGGUGGGUGGGUGUUACAGAUCUGAACUCAACUCAGUUUUCAGUGCCCAUAUCUUCCUCUGUUUAUGCCACACCAGCUGGCUGUCUCUAAGGCUGUAUGUACCUGGAGACAUGCCUCUGUCCACAUUGUGUCUCCUUCCUACUGUGCUCUGCUACUUUCUGGAAGUGUUCCAUCCCUGAAACCUAAUAGAGCUAGGACCAUAUCCACCAAGGAGGUCAGUGAUGGCAGCCAGGGCAGGCCAGAUGGGCAGGGCCUCAAGAGAAAGGCCCUACUAACACUCCUCACCUCUCAAGGACACAGUCUCUGCGUUUAAACACAUUCAGCCAUCAGAAGAGCCAUAAAAAGACCAGUAUUAUCUCAAUUUGAUAGAGGAAUAAAAUGAGUUUUCAGACACUUACUUGUUCAAGUGUCAGAGCUGGGAAACAGGAACCAGAAUGUCAACAGGCCUCUCCCUGACACAAAUGUCCAAACGUCUAACUAUUGGCCAUGUAUGACAACACACCCAUACCAGCUGGCCACAAUGGAGCUUCCGAGCACGGUAUAACCUAGUGAGCCUUCUGACCACAGUAGUCAGACCACACACAUACAUACACACACAUACACACACACACACACACACACACACACACACACACACAUCCACACUGUAGAUACAGUUGCUUUACACAGAGACAGUGGCUGCCAUGUGCUGGAAUGGGCUCUAAACAGUUGAGAGCAUCAUCUGCAUCCCAGCUCUGCAGUCAGGCUCUGCCUUGGGGCUCACAGCAUCAUGGAAAUCUGUAGAGAGGUAAUGUGUCAGUCAGCAAUGAUCAGAUUUGAACUGACAUUAGGAUCAGGGGUGUCCAUCUGGAAUGAGAGGAAGGUGAUACAUCUGGGAAUGAGGAACACUCCUGUGCUGGGGAGACCAAAAGCAGCUAGAUGGGCUGUGGUUCUAGCUCAGCUAUGCACCACCCUCAUAGCUUCAGCCUUUAUUGAAGUAAAUGGAUGUACUUCUGACUUUCUGACUCUUCUAGUCCUGCGGGGAAGAUGGAUAAUGAGAAAUGAAAGUAUAGAAUGUGUACUAGCCAUGAUGGCAUGUGCCUUUGAUCCUAGCACUUGGGAGGCAAGGAGAGGCAGAGCUUUCUGAAUUUGAGGCAAGGCCAGCCUCAUCUAUACAUACAAAGUUGCAGGAUAUCCAUGAUUUUAUAUAUGUGUGUGUGUGUGUGUGUGUGUGUGUGUGUGUGUGUAUGUAUGUACAUUUAUACAUAUAUACAUAUAGUCACACACCAUCUUAAACUUUAAUGCUGUGGAGGACACAGGAUCAUCAGAUGGCAUGAUGAGUCAGAGAAGUUGUCUAUGAAGAGUAUGCCUGGCUUGUUUUGCUUUUGAGACAAUGUCUUACUAUGUAGCCUAAAAUAGUAUAGAACUCACUGUGAAACCUAGACUGGCCUCAAACUCAAGAUCCUCCUGCCUCAGGCGCCUAGGCCCUGAGACUGCAGGUACAUGCCUCUGUACCCAGUUUCAGAGUUGGAUAUUUAAACCAGAGCUCUCUGGGAUAAGAAGUGAGCAAGAUCUUCCCCGGUGGAAGAAUGUGUGCUGGCAAGAAAGUGGGCAGAUGCUGGAGUCCAGAGCAAAGUGUGCUACUAGUCAAGGGAAAACAGAGCAGGGGCCAGGGCUGUGGCCAGACAAUAUGGGGCCUUGCUGGCUGUGAGAGGGGAACUGUCACAGUGGGGAAACUCUGGGAGUCCAUAGUGUGGUGGGUGGGUGAGUCCUGUGACUUCUGAUAGCUGAAGGUGAUUUUGACUUGUGGAGGGAAGGCAGGUUGGGAGGAGAGUGGUCAGGGCACAAUCAUGGGCAUGUCGGGAGCUCGGGUAAGAAGGAUCAGUAAGAACAACCUGUGUGGUACCAAGGCCCAUGGGAAAUGGAUGCAGGAAGCAGAAAAGCCAGAGCAUGCUGAUGGAUCGAUAGCGCCGCCUAGGAUGGGUUAGUUCUACUCGGGAUCUGAGAUGUGGAAGAUAAGAGAGAGGUUCAAACUCCAUCUCCUUAGUUCAAACCCAGAGCCUCUAUUUACUACCAUUUUAGCCCUGGGCAAAUGACUCAACCCUUCAGGGCCUCAGUUUCCCCAACAAUAAAAUGGAGAUCACAACAGAUUCAUAGGGCUAUUUGUGGGGUUUUUCACAAGGGACUCUGUGUAAAGGCUUGGAGUCACACCUGAGUACAGUAGGUGUUACACAGAGGAAGCGUGCGCUCUUAAUAGGAGUCUAUUAGUAGGUUUCCACCCCACCAUUAAGGGAUAAAGACUCUCAAGGCCAAUGGCCCUUGUUUGGAAAGAAAAUGUUCUGCAGAGCAGGACCCCGGGGAGGAACCUUCUCUCAAAGUGUUUGCAUUCCCUUCCCCAGCGUGAACUUGGCAGGCAAAGCUGCUCAAUGUAAACACAGGUUCCCAGCUACAGCAAAUACCAGGUUAGGCAGCACGGAGGUGGCCACACAAGCCCCAGGGCCAGCCGAUGAAACAGGCUAGCUCUGUACUGACCUCACCAGCCCAUCUCAGGGCUCCCCGGUGGGGCUGGCUUUCCCUGGAGGCAGGGCCUGGACACCUGUACUGUCUGCUCUUUUUACUGGAAUGGCUAGAGAUGAGUCACCACUAUCACUCACUGCUUCCUAGCCUGGGCUCUGUGAAUCACAGACUCCCAAACAUAACACUGAGUGGAAUCAAGAUGAGGAGUCCCUGGGGGGAGCAAGUCAGCAUGGAGGGACAGCAGUGCCCCACAGUGUUAUAAAGUCGUGUGAGAUCAGAGGUCUGUGGGGCCCUGGGAGCAGGGUGGGGGAGGUAAGCAUGAGGGGAGGGAAGGAGGGAAGGCUGCAGAUCUUAACAGAAGUCAGCUCUAACUCAGUGUCCUCCAACUUCUGCCUCAACUCGGUGUUCCUUGUUCUCCAACUCCAUGACCCACUAACCUAGAAACUGACACAAAAGGAACUACAAAGGAGACAGGCUAAUCUGUGUUCUACCAUAAACUUAAAAUGUUUGUAUUAGUUAUUUUUUUCCCAUAACUGCUACAAAAUCUCUGACAAGCAACUUGAGGAAGGCAUGGUUUAUUCUGGCUUACAGUUUGAUACAUUCCCCCAUGGUGAGGAAGACAUGGAGGCAGGAGUUGGGGGCUGGCAGGUCACACACUAGGUGUGCAGUUGGGAAGCAGACAGCCAUGGAUGAUGUACACAGCUCCCUUUGUGUUCAAUCCUGGACCACCCCAGCCUCUGGAAUGGCCCCACUUAUAUUUAAUAUGGAUCUUCCCGUCUCUCAAUCUAGAUAAUUCCUCUCAGAAAUGCCCAGAAAUUUGUCUCCCAGGUAGGUAGACUGUCAUUCUUUACCAAGGCCAUCUUGAGUAGAGUAGCUGAGCCACCUGCAUGUGUUACUCCAUGAGAUUCUCCUGUGAGCAUGAGUGGUCAGUAGCUCAUGGGGAGUUGUCCCUCUAACUAGAGGAGCAGCUGUCAUAGGGAAGGUGUCUGUAGUGUGUGUGCGUCUGUGUGUCUGUGUGUAUGCAUGCACAUAUGCACAUGGAUGGGGGCAUGCACCUUUACCAGUGAGCCAUCUUACCCAUGCAAAUGUUCUUAGCAUUGGAGAAAGAUGUAGCUUUUGUAUAGUUCCAAUCUUUUAAUUUUGGUAAAAUAUAAACAGCAUGGCAUUCACUGUCUUACCACGUGGGAUAACUGUUGGAUGGUGUUAGUUACACUCACUUCCUUGUAUAGUAUCACCAACUGUCCAUCUCUAAAAGGCCUUCAUUUCCGGAACUGAACCUUUACCCAGUAAACACCUUGCCAUGUCUCCUACCUCUAGCCUCUGACAACGAACUUCUGCUCCAUGUCUCUGUAACUUUGACUACUUUAGGUGCCCAUGGGGAAUCAUACAUGGUUUCUCCCUUCUUGUCUGGCUUAUUCCACUUCACAUCGAGUUUUUGAGGUUCAUCCGUAUUGUAGCACAUGUCAGAAUGUUGCUCUUUGUUAAAACUAAAAACAUCCAUUUUCAUGGGCACACAAUGCUUUACUCUUAUUCAGCUAGCAAUGAGCGGCUGGGUUGCUUCUGUUUUUGUCAUCGUCAUCAUCAUCACCACCAUCACCAUCACCAUCAUCAUUGUGAUGCCUCUUUUAGACUGAUUUUGAUAAAAAUGCUUCAAAGCAAGAAAAUUCCACAAUAAAGACAUGGCUUUCUUCCCUUUAUCCUGUGUUUUCACAUGCCACAAGGCUUUUACAAAUAAGAUUUAAAGGUAAAAUAGAGGUUGGAAGAUGGAGAAGAGCUGGCUUGUGCUCCUGGCCCUGUCUCCUACCUAACUGUAUGCUUUGGGAGAAGACCCUUGAAUGUUUCAUGCCUGAGUCCUUAGCAUGUUGAAAAAGGAGGGCCAAGUGUGGACAGUGGUUUGUAAGAGACCAUAAUGAAAGCAAUAUCUAUAGAGUGUUCCCAACCCCCUCCCUCUUGUCUCCUCCACUAAGGAAAUUCACUAAGAAGCCCAGGUUGUUCUUGUGGUAAUCUUUCUGUCUCAGCUUCUGGGAAGCUGGCAUUAUAGUGUGAACUGCUAUGACCUGCUUCUAUGCUGACUUCUUAUCCUCUAUCAGAUGAACUCCUAUUUACGUCCUUCCCUAUUCAAAACAAUUCGAGACUCCCAGCCCUUUACGCUCCACUUCCUCUUCCAUCUUGGAAACCAUCAAAUUGCUCAUCACAACAGAAAGUCCGGCCAUACAGGAAUGUUUGCACUCUUUUGAUGUGAGGCGCGUAGACUCAUCUUCUAGUGCACAGUCUCUGAAAUAGGGUGGAGAUGGCAGCAGUGUGGCCGCCACUCCCCACUCCCAAACCCCAGGGCAGACAUCACUAAUUAAUGGCAGCACUCCUUCCUGCUGAAGCAGACUGGUCCAGAGUCAACAGCAACACCAAGCAGCCAUUCCCCACCCACUUGAUCUCUUGUACAAAAUGCUACCUCCACUCUCCUUUUCUAUGCAGAUAGGAGGCCCACCUACCCUUGAAGGCAGGAGGCAAAAGUCAGCCUCAGUCACUAGAGGAGACCAGAACUUGGUAAGGAGCCUGAGGCUAGGAUCACUACUUUUCUCUGGUCCUCCACUGCUUUUAGACUGGGGUUUAGGUGCAGAGAAGAAAGGGAGUCUCCUGCCAUGGAUGCAGUUACUAGGUGGACAUGAAGGAACCAUCUGGAACCCCAAACUGAAGACCCACCAGUUUCAUGGGUCUGCUUGUUUUGCUGCUCUGACUGUCUGUCUGCACCAGUCAUCAUGGUUCCCAUCUUGACUUGCUUAUGACUGGCCCAUUGUACAUUCAUGGAGAGGACACGGCUUAUUUCGGAGCCAUUUAUGGGAAAGACACUUUCCAAGCCAAAAUGGUGACAACAGACUUGGCCAGAGAAGUAUGUAUCCCAGAACAACAAGCUUCCCUAACUCUUUGCUGAGUCGCUCUGCCAUCAUUAAAGCUUCCAGCAAGACCUAAAGGGAACAGGUGGCACAGUUCUAACUUGCCACAGAAAGUGGACAUCAGGUACCACACAUUUCUUGAGCCUCAUCCUACCUGAGUCUGGAUGCCACAACCCAAGAGCUUCAGGUUGCCAGGAGACCUACUGCAUGGCAUCAUAUCUGCCUACCAGAAAGAAGGGGGGGGGUAUGAAUAAGCCCAUAUUGAGUACCUACUAUGUGCUUACAAUUUGUGGCCAUCCUUUCAUCCCAUCCUCAGAACACUCUUGUUAGAGAACCACCCCCACAGAAGAAAAACCUAGAACUCAGAGAAGUCAAGGAACUUACUCAAAUCACCCAGCUGAUAAGUACCAGAACUAGAAUGCAGUCAUAGGAAUCGAGGUACUAGGGAUUCUAGUUUAUCCUAGAAUGUGGGAGUUGGACACAGAGGGUUAGCCCCUGGGCCUGCCAAGUUGAGCAAAAGGGUACAUCUGUGAAGACUAGGCCAGGUUAAAUGAGCAAACCCAACCCAGUUAAACCCACACACGCAGAGGCAGGUCAUACCCAUUCAGGGGACCACAGCUCUGGCCCUGUGCCUCUCUGGGACCCUCUCUUUCCCCAGCCCCCUUUUUCCAGCAUUCCUCCUGGGUCUUGGAGCUCAUACUGUCUCCCAGGCAGCCAUGCUGAGAAGCAGAUGGCACUGAGGGGGUGGGCGCCUGACAUCCCUGCUCAAGCUUUCCGACAGCCCUGCUCCUCUCCCCCUCCCUACUCUUUAGGCAGCUCAGCCCAGGAAAACCCGAGGCUCUCCCCCCAAGUGCGGGUAUUAAUCUUCAGCUACAGGGGAGUAGCUGGCACUCAGGACCGUGCCUGGGAAAGCCCUGAGAGGUUUGAGUUGCUGUCGCUGUCAUUGCUCCCUUGAUUUCUGAUUCACAAGAUAAAGAAUCAGCACAAGCUCUCCCCCCAUCCUGGAAGAGAUUUGUCAUCGUCUCUCUCUGAAGAGCAGACGUGUCUGAUUGGAUCGAUUUAAUGAGGAAAUAUUUGAUUAAGUGUUCUUAUCCCUCUUUUUUCUUUUCUUUUUUUUAAACAAAUAACCCUUUAAGCCAAACUCUCAGAAGUGAGUAAGGUGCUCAUUACCCGUUAUACGUCUAAUUGAAGACGAUCUCAUCUCAUCGUGGGGUUGGGAAUCACAGCAUGUCAGAGAACAAAGCGUGACUGGCAUCCUCUUCACCUUCAGCAUCCUGUCCUUAUCUUGAGAACCUUGGUCAUCCCAGGUCAUGACCUCCCCGCACUGUAAGGCUCAAGCCCCCUACAUGCUUGGCUGGAGCGUCUAAUGCUUCACGCCGCAUACAGCUCGCAGGCCCGAAACACAGCCAUCAAUACCGGGACCCCAAGGAGAGAGGGUGAAUGACGCAUUUGCUGAAGACAGCCAUUUUUUUUUUUCCUUCUGGAACCAUCAUGGCCCCUUUUUGUUAGAAGGUUCUAUCCACUGCCUCCCCCAGCAACCUGUGUGUGCACUGGCGAUCGGCCAUUGCUUUCCUGUCAUCAUGCAGGGAGACCUGAGGUGAUGGCCCCCAGUGUAGGCGGAGCUGAGUAGGCUCCAGCCAGAUUAUACAGUAUGAGGUAUCAAAACACAUUCUAUGCGUGUUGAUGGCUGAGAUAAUGCCCUUCCGCCCUGCCUGUUGGGUUUUUGUUUGUGGUUUCUAAUCUAGAUGAUACUGAGAAACCUUAUGCAUACCAGCCAAGAUAUUCUUGCUCACCUACCCUACCCUACCCCCCUUCCCUCCACCUGCACCUUCUUCUGCUUAUUGAGCCCACGCCUGACCUUUGAUAAUGAACAGUUGAAAAGCUUUAAAAAUGCUGAUGCUCAGGCCUCGCUCCAGCAAACAGAAUGUAGGGCAGGGUGGGGUGGUAAGGCCGACAUUAGUAUUUUUAUACCAUGCUCCAGGUUAUUUUUUACAUAUAACCAGUGGGGAAAGCUGCUGAUUCUAGUGACUUCAGAAGCCGUUCCGCAGCCUCCCUCCCUCCCACAGCAACUCCUCAGCCCACCCACCCACCCCCCCCAUCACACUCAGCCCCUCUUGGCCUGUUCACACCAUCACUAACUCUUAUGAAGAUGGCAGCCCCUCCAUCAGCAAGGGGAGGGCCAUCUUGUCACAACCGGGUGAUCAAAGCUAGUUCUUUUCUGGAGGGGCCCCGCUCUUGUCCAUUGGCUAACACAGCAAUGCUGAGCUGAUGGGAAAGGCAGAAUUAUUCACUGCCACCUGCUCUGGGUCAGAACUUGUGCUGGGCUCUCUGUACACCCGGCAGAAAGCUCAAGCAGAUGUUCUGCUUAACCUUGGGAUACAGGUUGAUUCAGGCAGUGAAGAUAGACUAUGAACAGUUGCGUUAUGGCAUCUGACCACGUGUACAAAUAGCAGGUGGUGUGGCCUUCAGGCCUGAGGAUACUAGCAAGAAUCGCCCCCUGUGGGAAUCAGGAGGUGGAAACGGAUGGAUGAGGAGGGUUAUAGGGCUCAGAGACUAGAAGGGCUGGAUCAUCCUGGAUUCCCUCAGCUCAGCACAGGAAGGACCUAGGACACAACAGAUGUUUUACUAGAAACUUGUUGGGAAACAGAUGGAUGAUAAACUAGCAAGCCAAUGCCUGACCUCUAGGGGGACAGGAGAAUUGACUGGGCAAGUAUCCACGCAUGGACACAUUUGAGAUUAGCUUGCCAUACAUUAACACAAAGCAUUAUCUGGUGAAACACUGGACCAUGGGCAGUGUCUGAUUAGAAACAGUUCAGAAGCCAACAGAAAUUUCAAUAUAACUUAAGGCCUUUAUUUGACUUUUUAGUCACCAAGGGGACUCCAAAGUCUUCCUCCUUAUAGCUCUUAGUUUCCCCCUGAAUUAGCCUCAGCCAAAGCUCUGGGUCUCCCAAGCCCGGGGUCCCAGCAACCCCUCUUCUCCUGUGAGAACAAGGGGACAACGUUGGCAAAGCAGCUCCCUUCUGGGAGGAAAAUGACAGACAGAGAUGGGGUGGCAAAAUCAAAGUUCUUAGGAUAUAAGUGGGGAUCUUUUUGCAUUAUAACAUAAAAUGUAUGGAACACUCUCAUCAGUAGCCUUGGAAAGCAGCCUUGGGAACUACACUGGUGACCUGAGCUGUGUUUAUAGCUCAGUUGGUAUCUUGCACUGCCCUCAUCCAGGGUGGGGUCCCCUCAUCCUGUGCAUCUUCGUUCAAGCUCUUGACUCAUCCGUGUUUUGAAGUUGAAGAGGGAUGCGGAGCCACUUUGUCCCAGUGACCAAGCUUGGCUACUCAGCAUCUUGGCUCUCUCCCAUCAGCUCAUCUGCUCAUGAAGCCAGAGGCAAGCCUGCUGUCUCCUCAUACUCUCAUGGGGUCUUAAAAGGGCCUCUGAGGGAGCAGAAAGCACAACGCUGACUGUACUUUCUCGGUUAACCCCUUCUGGAGUCCUUUCCUCUAUGUGACAUGCCUUUCAAGAAAUAACUAGGAAAUUGCCCUGAAGGUCAGUACUUUGUCCACCCUCUUGGGAUGCUAGUGAAAUGAUGGACAGGCAGUUGAUGGACAGGUGAGAAGGUGGACAUGUAACCACCACAUCUGUGGAUCAGAGAUGUGGAAAAUCCUAGUGAUGCAUCAGCUACAAAAGGAAGAGGUGCUGCCAGACCCUAAAAUACCCUAAGCUUUCCUUGUCAGCAAAGGGAAUUCCUGAGCAAAGGCCAUUUCAUUCUACAAUAUGGCCUCCACGGCCCAUCCCUCACCAGCUACUGGGUGCUGCACACCUGCACUUACGCCCAAUCUCUGCUUCAACUCCACGUCAUUAUUCCUUCCCUAUUCCCGAAGCCCAUUCUUUUCCUUCACCCAUUCCUCACUCGUUCAUUUCUGCCUGUUCCACUACAGGCCAACUAUGCAGCCUCAAGUGAGUUAGCCGCCUCUGUCUUACUGUCAGCAGUGUGCAGAUGACAGCAGCAGGCUCUUGCACAGUCCAGGGUGAUACUGGGAGUUGGUGCAUCUGGGAGACAGUAGACGCUGUGUGAUGCCGACUACCUAUCAGUGAGUCCAGACAUGGGUGUCUGCUCCUUCCUUUGUGGUGCCUGUGCAGGGAGCAGUGUAGAGAGGGGACAGUGCCUCCUCUUCUGUUACAUGCCAAAAAUGUGUAGCAGCACUACAGCUCUCUACCUGCGGCCACCCACAAGCUUGUCCCCAAGAGAGUCUGAAGUUCCUUGGAGGCCAGGCCAGCAGGCCCUGCUGAGCCAGCAUUUCUGACUCACUGGGCAGGUGAGGGAGGGAUGAGGCGAGUGCUAAUUACCUGGUUCUCAGUAACCACAGGAAGGUUCAACCUUUGAAGCUAUCUAUAGCUCAGCCAGGGAGGAAGCAGGAGUGGCCAACGAGGUGAGGCCAUGGCUUGUGGCCACCACCGAGCCCACAGGAAACUGUUAAUAAAGAUAGAACCAGAGAGCACUCUGUGUGGAUAAAUAAUGACACCCUGCCUGCUAGCAGCCUGAUCAUUUUCCAGCCACACUGUGGCUGUACAGCCUCCUUGGAAUGCUAACCAUAGCUCAUGGAGAAAGUCUCAGGGGGCCUUUCCAGCUCCUUUUUCCCAGCCCCUGGAGCAGUGUAUCCUGGAGCACCAAGCCCUCUCCGGACCCCACCUCCUGGAAGUCUAUUCUGUGCCAAGAUGCUGAAGCCUCUGGAUACUCUAAGAUGAACAGUCAGACACCUCCCCUGCUGUGGGGGUACCCCAAAAAGGUGGCAUGGGUUUGGGCUGAGAGUCUUUUGAAGUUGUGUUGGAGCCAGCCCUUUGAGACGGUGUUGGUCAUUUGUGCUGUUGACUGUGUCUCUCUCAUCUGCAUCUUGGAACUGGAUCUGUUUUGGCUUCUCUUGUGUGCGAUGCACCAGUAAUUGGCUGGUGCUUUCCAAAUCCUUAUACACAGUGGUCCUGGUGCAUUUGGCAUGUGCGUCCCUCCAUCCUGUACACUCUGACGUCUCAGUGGCAUCUUCUGACUGUGCCCCUCGUCUCAUUCAGCAUUUCGAUCCUGCCACUCUGCUGGGGCCACUCUCUGUAGGAUGGCUUUGGAAAAAAUGUUGCUCGCCCUUGGGACUAAGAUCCUACCAUAGACUCCCUAAGUCCUGUGCUUACCCAGGACUUCUGCCUCUUUCUCAGUUGUCUUUCUCUUGAGUCAGCUAGUUUCUUUGGCAUCUGUCUGAGGCCCAGAGCCUUAAUGGCUCUCUUACUGUCACCACAAAGGGUUAGACUGUAACAUUUCAGGCUCUACCAGGCCAGGGACUACUUCCAUUGCAUAUUGACAUGUUGGUGGUAUUUGUCUCUGACCCUUUCACGAGGGUCAGGUCAGCUAAAAUUGUUUAGCUCAGGAGCUCUUGUUGUCUGCUUAGCUCUCUCUGCAUGUAGGAAACUGAGGCUGGGUGAGGUUCCAUGGUACAGUAAAGAACUCCCCGACCGACUGAUCGGAGGAAGGCACUCCCUGCCAGGUCACCGCUGUGAUGGGUGGAGAGCACAGUGGAAGAGUAAGCUUUCUGGGAAUGAUCGUUGAUCUGCAUCUGAGCAAUCAGGAAUGAACUAGAGGCUGCAGAGGGGAGAGCAAGUGAAGACAUGGAAGGAAUUCCGGGUGGAGGGUGCUGAGCCUGGUACCUGGCACAUGGUGCUCAAUAAACUAUGAUAUGUGGAAUAACCACCCUUUCUGGCCCCAGCCUGGUGUCAGAUCUCAAGUCAGUGCUUGAGAUAUAUUUGGAGCUUGUGUCAUUUCAUUUCAUCUCCAUAUUUUUAUUUUCAUAAAGCCACAGAAAAGGCCUUUCCAUCUGUGAACAGCCAUGUUAUAGUCUGGGCCCUGCAUAUCCUCCAAAGGUCUAAGUGUUAAAGGAUGGUGCUGGUGGGAGGUUCUUAAAGAUGCCUUUAAGAACCGAGGCCUACAGAGUGGUCUCUGGGUCACUGGAGUGUGGGGGCAAGCCCUUGAAGAGAGCUCUGAGAUCCCAGCCCUCUCUCCUCCUUUGCUUAUGCUCCCUGGCACCGUGUGAGUGCCUUUGUACCAGUACCCUCUCCCUCCAUGAUAUGCAGCUUAUCACAUGCCCCAAAACAGGGGGCCAACUGGUGAGGGACUGAGACUCCUGAGACACUGAGCCCGCACCCUUGUUCCCUCCUGCUGGCUGAUUACCUUGGCAGCUUGUUUGGAUGAAAAACUGGCCAGCUCUGCCUUCCAGCAGCCAGCCAGGUCUGCUUGGGCAUCUGUGAUGAUCCAAGUGGCGCAGGUGGCACGUCUGCCUUAACCUUUGUUCUAAUUCUGGCUCUGCUGCCUCCUGGUCUUGGUGGAGUAUGUUAUUCCACUUCCCUGUGUGUUUAUUUGCCUCCUAAAGAAGCUGUAAUGAGCCAGCCAGGCAGUGGUGGCACACACCUUCAAUCCCAGCACUUGGGAGGCAGAGGCAGGCAGAUUUCUGAGUUCUAGGCCAGCUUGGUCUACAGAGUGAGUUCCAGGACAGCCAGGGCUACACAGAGAAACCCUGUCUUGGAAAAGGAGGAGGAGGAGGAGGAGGAGGAGGAGGAGGAGGAGGAGGAGGCGGCAGCUGUAGUGAAAAUGCUUCAUGGGGCAUUUUCAGGGGCCCGUGAAUACUUGGCAAGUGACCAGCAAGUGGUGACCAGGGAGGUUCUCCUCUGUCUUCUUGGUACAGAGGAAAGCUGUGCUGAGAGGUGGACUUGGGGGCAGUAGGAGAUUGAGGAGGGAUUUAGGGAGAAGCUAAGAGCCAUUUCCCAUGUUAGUCAGCUAGGACACAGGAUAGUGCCCACUGUCCAGAAACAGUGGGGAGCUGGGGUCUAGGGCCAGGGAACCUUGAAACUCCCAAUUGGAAGCAUGUAGUGUAAUGUCUCCAAACCCAGAGAAUGCUGAUCUCAGGCAGAGGAACAGACAGCUGCCCACAGUGCAGAACACUGAUUCAUGUGUCUGUUUAUUUGCUCCUGGACUUUCCUCAAAAGGAAUAUGAGAUCUCAUGCAUAUGAUAUACUUAGUACAUGGGGGAAAAAAGCAGGCAGAACUAUAGCCAAGAACUGGAUGAAAACAUGAGUGUAGUCAGGUGGUGGUGGUGCACGCCUUUAAUCCCAGCACUCAGGAGGCAGAGACAAGAGGAUUUCUGAGUUUGAGGCCAGCCUGGUCUAUAGAGUGAGUUCCAGGAUGGCCAGGACUGUUACACGGAGAAACCCUGUAUUGAAAAAAUAAAAAAGAAAAAAGAAAGAAAGGAAACAAGCAAGCAAGAAAGACAGAUAGAAAAAGUGGAUGUGACUCUGCUCCCUUGAGUAGCAGAAGACUAUGGAGGCAAAGAAUAAAGAACACUACUGUCCCAGAGGGAGUUUCCCAGAAGGUGGUAGUGGCAUUAGAGUCUCCAUUCCACACUGUGCCCUGUACACAUGCCUGCCUACUGAGCACCUACUUGUGGCAAGCACAGCAUUACACACACAUAGUUCAAAUGUUUCUGUCCACCCUCAGUAGUGAACAUUAUUAUACUCAUGUGACAAAGAUGGAUGCCAUGAAGAUCAAGAAGUGACCUUUUUUUUUGGUUUUUAGAGACAGGGUUUUUUUGUAUAGCCCUGGCUGUCCUGGAACUCACUUUGUAGACCAGGCUGGUCUUGAACUCAGAAAUCCACUUGCCUCUGCCUCCCGAGUGCUGGGAUUAAAAGCGUGCACCACCACUGCCCGGUUAAGAAGUGACUUUCUUAAUGAGCAUUCAAGCCAAACUAGGAGCCCAGAUGUCUCCACUCACCACCCAGUGUCUCUGAGAACAUACUUCCUUUGUACCCUCUUCUAGAAUAGUUUUCUCACACUGGUUGGGAACGGGGCGGGGGGUGUCUUCUGAUUUCCAAGCUGCAUUGAAAUCAGAUCCAGAGGGUGAAAGCUGUGUACUGUUUUCUGUUUGUAUGUAUGUUUGUGUAUUGUGUACAUGUUCAUGCUUAGGUGGAGGUGGGAGUGGUGUGUGUGUGUGUGUGUGUGUGUGUGUGUGUGUGUGUAUGCACACCCAUGUUUAUGUGCAUGUAUAGGAAAGCCAGAGGUCAGCACCAGGUGUCUUCUGCACCUCUAUUUUUUGAGACAGAGACUUCUCACUAAGCCUGGAAUCCAUCCACUCAGCUAUGGUGCCUGGCCAGUGAGCUCUAGAGCUCCAGCUGUCUCCUCUCCACCCCCACACACCCAGAACUGGGGUGACAUAUGUGUGCCACUGAACCUGGCUCUUAGGUAAGUGCCCGGGGCUUUGAACACAGGUCCUCGAGUUUUUCUUGGCAGUCACUUUACUGACAAGGUCAUCUCCCUGUCAAACAACGUGUGCUCCAGAGCCUUGUGCUCCAGAGCCUUUGGCUUGCACCUUUCUCCUCCUGGGGCUGAAAAUCAUCUCUUUCUGAGGAGUUAAACCUAAGCAUGGCAGUGACUGUGAGCCACCGGGGCUGAUGGGCAAGGUCCCAGGAUCCUGGAAGUCUUGGGUGGCCAAAGACUGCUAGGAACAAACAUAUCCAGAAUAUGAAUUUACCCUCCUCCAUUCCUCUGUCCUUUCUUCCCUGGGCUGCUUUUUUUUUUUUUUUUUUGACACUUCAGUUUGCUGGGGCCAGCACCUCCUCCAAGCUGAGCCAGCCUUUUAUGGUGCUGGGCUAGUGAAGUAAUAGCUGUGCAGAGGUGCUUGGAAGGCAGUUCUGGGCGUCAGGCCUGCUGCUGGAGCCAAGUGCCUUCCCCAGGAUGGUGAAGGAUCAUGGAGCUGAGCAUCAGGCUCUUCCUCUACAUCUGACCUGCUAUCCCCACCCUCCUGUCACCUCUGCAUCUGGGACACUUGAAGUCCCUUUUUCCCUGACCUACCUUAAGAUCUCCCAAAACCAGCCUAAUGUGGUUGUGCCCAAAUUCUGGGUUCAUCUCAACUCUGGGUGCUUUCUGCAUGUGAGGAUGGACUCUGGAAGGUAACAGGCUCAGGGCGGCCAAGCCAUCUCAACAGUCAGGAACAGCAGCAAUUGUUGUCACUGGAAGGCUACUGUCCCCUAGGGUAGAGAAAAUGAAUUCCCCAGGCUGUUGUCCUCAACUUUGCCCAGGCCAGGCUUACCUCCUCCAAACAAGGUAAACACUAGCCCAGAAAGCACUCUCCGUGUAGACAUGCAGGGCCAGCUGGAGGUUUGGGGGAGUGAUGUCACCCAGAGAGCAGGUUUCCCUAAGCUCUGGCUUCUUCCCUGAGUUCCCUGUCCCAACUCUUGUCCUAUGAGGGAAAGAACCAGCUGCCCGGGAUAGAGCAGGAAGUAGACUCUGCCUGCCAGAGCAGGGAAGAGUGCAACCACCUUGUGAAGUGUCUGCGAGGGUUAAAGUACGGAACACAGUCAGAGCUGGGUAGGUACCCCAAGAACAGUGAGAGCCCCGAGAGAACAAUAACUUUUCCAAAGCCCACAGGGCCUCUACAUACCUUCAUGGCACACCUGCGCAUGUCUACAGAGAGAGUCUUCCCCCCUGCUCUGCUCCACAGCGCUUCUCCCUCGGUUCUAGCUGUCUAUUAGGCCUUGCUGUAAGAGCCUCUCUCAAGGGCUCUUCCCUGGUUGGUGCACACUAUACUCACACAGAUGCAUCUGUGCACACACUCCAGGUGGGGAAUGGAUGACAUGCACUGCAUAAACCCAGGGUGUGGCCAGUGUGAGGCAUCACUCUGUGAGCGAGUCCUGCAGGUGAGGGUUCUUCCUCUCUCUGGUCUAGGCUGUAGUGAGCUCCUAGAAGGCAGAAAGCAUUGCACUGGCCUCCUGGCAUAGAAAUGGCUUAGAUUUGGUGUUUGGUAAACACCUAUGGAAUGGAGGAGUGUGUCACUGCUCCAACUGAGUAAUGAGUGGCAGGAAUUUUUUUUUAACCUAUUCCCAACAAGCCAGGGCCACCAUGCACAGUGAAUGAGUUGGAGAAUAGACCAUCCACGUGGCCAUUCCCAGAGCCCUGGGGGUUCAUCCGUCCUCCCUGCACUAGUUUAGGCCAAGGGUUCUUUAGUGUAAUUGAUAUUUGCACAAUUCAUAAUUUACAAGUCAGCUUUCACAAUAACAUAAUGAGGGUGCUCUUAAUUGGGGAUCUUGGGCCAGGUCAGCCUUAUCUCUUCCAACAAAGGUGGGGAUAGGCUCAGAAAGGACCCUCUGAGUGGACAUCAGGUGGCAGCUGGGGACUGCUGCGAGGGAGGUAUGCUGAGUUUGCCUGCAUUUCCUGGGUGCUGGGCCGUGUGUUUGACUUUGUUAUUUCAAUGUUCCCACCACAGCCUUACUAGGCAGCCAUGCCUUCUGCGUCCUCUUCACCAGUGUGGAAGCAGAUCCUUCAUGGAAUGUGAGAGAAGGUUAUACUGAGACUUAAGCCCUCUCAUUUCAGCAACCCAGAAGCCACCAGAGGACUCACUCACUGGCAGUCAGAGCUCCCCACCCCACUGCACCCCAUCCCUUACUCUCCCAGCCCACUCCCUAUCCCAAAGUCUCACAACAGGGACACUAAGGCCGAGGGCCUCCUGGUUAUGAAAGAGAAGGAGCAGUGCGUUCUAACCAUCUUUGGUCAAAAGUGGCUCUCCUGCCUUAGCUAUGUUUCUACACGCAGGUAUCUUGGCCCUUCCAUGCUGCCAUACUCUCCUUUGCAAAUGGGAGACAGUACCAUCAAAUUCUGCAGCUUUGUUGUAAGGAUUGAAGUCUAACUGGAUGCCCAGAUCAUACUCCACAUUAAAAUAAGUGUCCUCUCCCCUUCCUCUUCUGGCAGGAUAGGGGAAACAAAACAGAAAUCAUUAAAAAAAAAUUUAGAAAGCAAUUUCUAUGGCAUGUUACGGAGGGAAACCAUGGCAACCAGCUUCCUGCAGUUUGGUUUUCCGGCCUUCCCCUGCUGUACAAUGGCUCUAGGACACAGCCUUUGUUGUCCCAAUACCCCAGGGAAACACAGGGACGUCACAAGCUCCAUGGGGUGGAAGCAUUGCAGGACAGAACUGCUUGGUUUGUCCAGGCAUGUCCUUCUGUGGUCAGGCCACAGAGUUGCUGUGGCCUCCCGCUGGCGACUCGACUCAUCUUCUGAGGAAGACUCAUUGUGGUCAUGCCCGAGAAGCUGCCCCCUCUUUUUAUGAGGAUAAAAGCAAGCAGUAUUCUAUUGGAUCCAAAGAGCUUCCUGACUCUCUUUAGAUCUUGAAGAUGUUUCCUAGGAGGCAAAGGCCAAAGAGUGUCCUGUGAUUAUGUGUUCGUAAGCAUGCGUGUGCAUGCCAGGAGCAUCAAGGCAGGGCUAGCGACGCCUCUGACUGAAGGAUACCAGCCACAGAGGAUGGCCAGCUGGCCCUAUUUAGUGACAACCUUCCCCUCCACACUGGCCUCAGAAACAUGCUAUACCUGGCCUAAUCCAAGCUGGCUUCUGUGGUUAGGCUGUGUGUGACUUUCAGGGGGCAUCCAAAGGUAUGGAUGGCUAAAUACUGGCCCAGUCCAGGUUGACUGCUUAUGGAGAUCUGAGGCUACAGGAAGCAGGGUCAUGGGUGGGAAAGGGUAAAAAAGGGCCCAGAAUUGCUAUACCUGAACUUCUGAGAUGAUCCCUAUUCAAAUGGCAGGGCCUCCCCACCCAGUCCAAAUAGGAGCAUGGCCAGUGACCAGUGAUAAACACAGUGGUUUAUUUCAUAAAGAAGGGAAAUGAGGCUCAGAGAGGUACAUGCCUUAGGUCACACAAUUUACCAGAUACCCAAUCAGUACUUUUGGAGAAAGAAUAGCCCUUGAAAAGCGUUGGUCCCAUCUCCUUAACUGAGCAAUGACAAAGCUGGGUUCCAGGGAGGAAAAGACGCUUCUUAAAGGGGAAGUACAGGGAGGGGAAACCCCUCUGACCCUGACCACCUGAGUCUGUAACUGCCCUACCCAGGGGACAGCCAUCUAUGGCCUGUGGGCCAAACCUGGCUGGCUAUAUUGUGUAAAUAAAGCUCUAGUAGAACCAAGCCAUGGCUACUCAUGUGCAUAUCAUAUAUGACAGCCUUCAUGCUGUGGCCGCUGGACGUAGUGGCUACAGGAGAAAGCAUGUGACCUACAAAAGCUCAAAAUACUCACUGUGAGGCUCUUUAUAGAAAAGGUUUCUGACCCCUGGUCUAACCCUCUGAAGUUUUUCCAAAGGCCUGAAAACUGCUGGCCACGCUCCCGGCGUCCUUCCUCUCUCAGAGUAGUCUCCGUCUGUCUGUGCAGUCAGGCUAGGGCCUGACCAGAGAACCCUCCCACAGGGGGAGCAUAUCAGUAAUGGGAAGGAGGAAAGGGGACAAAGGAAGCCUCCUUCUGAGGGGAGUUGGGAGACCAGUUCAUAUUCGGAUCAAGCACAAGACACGAAGAUGAGUGAAAGAGAAUUUAUGGCUUGCAUGAGUGACUACGCACCUUUUCUGUUACAAGGUUGUUGAAUGUAGGGUUGAAACUGUGUUAGCCUGGUGAGCUGGGUGUGGCUAGCAGUAUCAUUUCAAGUAUAAGAAGUUGAAGCCUGAAUAGACUUAAGUACCUCCCCAAGCCUUGAGUAUUCACCAACUUUCUAUUGCAAACACCUAAUAUAGCUGAUAUAAAGAGGCUAUUUGACUCUUGGUUUUUGAGGUGUUAUUCUAUGCUUGGUUGGCCCUUUGCUUUGGGGCCAGGGAUGUGGCCUCCCACCAUGGGGAUAUACUUGAUAGAGCAGGAUGUGCAAUCUGUGUUGUGUUUUGAAUGUGAAAUGCUACCCCCACCCGACCCGCUACAAGCUCUUGUGUUUCACACUUCUCUCUCAGCUGGUGGCACUGUUUUGGAAGGUUGUAGAAUCUUCAGGAGGUGGUCACUUUUGGAAGGAAGUGUGUCCUUAGGGGAGGGUUGGGUCCUGUACUUUUUUUGUCCAGUCUACUUCCUGAGCACUGGCCACUGUAGCUUCCCCACUGUGGUGGUCUGUGUUCAUUUGAACUAUGAACCAAAAUAGAGCAUCUCUCUCCUAAGUGGCUUCUUGUCGGGUGUUUGGUCACAGCAAUGAGAAAAGUAGCUAAGAGGCAGAGAAGCAAAAGGAGAGGAAAAGAGACAAAGAUCCCACAAACUCUUAGGGGCCACGGCCGCAGUGACCCAAAACCUGCGUCAGGACUCACCUCUUCAAGUUCCCACCACGUCUCAGAAAGCACCAAUGUAGCAAAUCUUAAAUGCAAGUGUCUCUAGGGGAUUUACAACCCAAAAUACACACCUAACACAUAUUGACAGACAGGGGGUCUGGUCUCAGGAAAGUCCUUUCUUUAAUUUGUGCCCUGGGUCUUGGCACAGACUGGAUAAAGGAAGGUAUCUCACCCACCUAAGAGGGCCAAACUAUGAGCCCAAGCCGUCUCUUCUUUACCCCUGCCCCUGCAUCAAUGUGUGCUGAAUUCUCUUGUGUCCCAGUCACUGUAGAGCUGUACUGGCAUCUGAGAUGAGCAGAAGUGAAGGAGAGACAGAAAGAGACACGGAGGCUCUAUGGGAGAAGCCAUCAGCAGGGAAGGCAGCAGUGAUAGAGGUUGGCAGUAAUGGAGCAGAAGCCCUGCAGGAAUGUGUGGCAGAGAAAGGAGUAUCCUGCUCCAGAUCCAGGCACCAAGGUUACAGCUUAAAUGCAAGACCCAGCUGCCCAGAGAAGCAAGUCUCAUUUGCCUAAGACACAAAGGGAGUCAUCUGUGUGGAACACUAGGAUGCUUACACAGUGAACCAGCCCUCCCUGGGCCAAUCCGAAGCCAAUGUAAAGUCGUCUUUGCAUUGUGUGGACUAAGAUUGAUGGACAUGGAAAGACUAUAGUGAACUUCUGUGUGUAAAACAAAAUAGUCAUAACAUGUUUGGGGAUUUUAAAAACUGUGUGUGUGUGUGUGUGUGUGUGUGUGUGUGCGCGCGAGCGCGUGUGCGCGAAGUGCCCAUGAAGUCCAAAAGAAGGCAUUGGAUCCCAGAGUUACAGGUGAUUGUAGGCCACCUGAUGUGAGCCUUUGAACUGAACUUAGAUCCUCUGAAAGAGCAGGACUUGCCAUUAACCACUGAGACAUCUCUUCGGUACUCUCAAAAGCAAGCUUGAAAAACAAUUGUUCAACCCAAACACCAGGAGCCCCAGGGCAUCCUUCUGGUGGCUUCAGUGCCCUGUGCCACCUGUGGGACAGCCAGCCCUUCUUUUGCCAAUGCUCUCAACAUCUGUGAUUCUCCCAGUGACACAGACCCUUGCUCUGCACAUCCCGAGGACCAGAUCUUUGCUGGGUCUGAACACAGAGAGUAGUUAACCUGGAAAACAGAGGGGAUGUGGAGAGAGAGGGUCUGGGGGCUCAGAUGGCCUCUGGCCUGAACCUCCUUCAGGAUGGAUCCUGCUCAGCUCUCCUUCUUCCGGCUUCCCCUCCUGGCUGGAGCCUCUUCCUGCCUUCUUGGCACCAGAAGCUCUGCUGGCUUCUGUCCUGAGCAGUGUGACCUGCUGCCCAUGAGUAAGGACUGGGCCAUUCCACAGUGACUAAGCUGUCACCUCCCCGUUUCCCGUAACCGCCAAGGGAGGACUCACUCUGAAUCACUCUUUAUUGUUUUGAGCUUUUUUAUUUUUUUCCCUAGCUUCCAGUGUUUUGAAUUUUCAAAGAUCAACUACCCUAGGCAGGCUAACAGAGCUGAAUAAAUGCUAGGAAACUGCCAGGCACCCCCUCCAUAACCUUGUACAUAGGAGAGAGGCAUAGAGCCCCCUUACCGGUCAGAGUCAGCUUGCCAGGAUAAAGCUGACCUGAGUUAGAAUCCUGUUUGUUUCCCUUACUGCUCUCUUCCCUCACUACUCACUUCUCCUUUCUGAACUUUAAUUUCUCUUCAAUAAACGGGAUAAUAAUGCUUACUCCAGAUAAUUGUUGUGUCUAUAAAGCAACUGGCUAGGUAGGCUUUCCAGUAUAGGGAAUUAAUAAACAUAAAUAAAGUUUGGCUCCUUAGAUCCAAAAUGAGCAUACCUGCCAGAAAGGUGGGUGUCCCAGCUCCCCUGUCCACCUGUCACCCCCAAAAGGCAAUGGUAGGUUUCUCAAAGCCGCAUGUUAGGAAUGUUGCUAAAUAACUUAGUUCUGUCAGCAACAGCCAAUCUUUAUUGAGCACUUACUAUGAGCCAGGUACAGUGCCAAGCACUUUCCAUUAAAUUACUAAAUGAAUGAGAGUUAGUUGUGACUGGUAGUACUUAGCUAACUUCCUAAUAAUGAGAGACAGGCCCAGGACUUGAACACACAUGGGGUAAUGCCAUACAUAGAGACGAGGUUCUCUUGGGAUGACCCAUGGCUAGGGCUCACUGUCAAGUAAUGAUACCAUAGUAGGAACUCAAGCAUCAUUCAUGCCCACCCUCAUUUGCACAGCAGUUAUUCAGCUUCAUUGUCUCAUAGAGGGAAACUGAGUUUUGAACAGUAAGGAGACACCCGGUCUGACUAGUAGAGCUGACCUAUGAACCCAAGGAUCUUCAAAUCCAAUGAGUGUCCACCUCUGUGUGCACAAUGGCGGGAGUCAGGAUGGACCGACCUGGUCUUCAUGGAUUGUUUUAUAUCCAUGGCUUCUGGCCUGCUUCCACCUUCUGCCCAGCUACCAGUGUCUGACUGGAGCUAGCAAUGGAAUUCCCUCUUUGUGAUAAACCCUUUUUCCCUUCAUACCAGUGGUCUCUACUCGCAUGGGCUCUGACCAACCUCCAAAAUGGCAGGGUUUAGGGAUCCAGGAAAUAUCUCUGCAGAGAUCAGCAGGCUUACUGAGUGGGUUUCCUGUGGGAACAGGCUGUAUCAGGGGUCUGACAGAUACUUGCAUGUAAAGAAGUACCCCUGCAAGGAAACAGCUGGGUUGUUGGGAUAGCUUGUGUAGGUGUGUGUGUGUGUGUAUGACCCUGAUAGCUCAUCUCACAAGGGGAUGCUGCUGGGGAAUAGACCUGGCCUUAUAGGCUACUGUUAGAACCUCAGGCAUAAUGAUGCUGCCCCCUGCCAUAUGUCUCUCUCUCUCUCUCUCUCUCUCUCUCUCUCUCUCUCUCUCUCUCUCACACACACACACACACACACACACACACACACACACACACAGUGUCACUCAUAGCUCAAGGCAGGUCCUCUUAUGUAGAUUGAGUGUUGGGAAUCUUUCAAGGGAGAGAAGAGAUUAGGAGGAAAGGGCUGACAGUGAUGAUAUGCUAAUAACAGUUCCUUCCCUGCAUUUGCUGUGGCUCAGUACUGGGUUAAACUGGUCAUACACAUGCAGUGUCUUGUAUAAUCUGGCAUUUAUCCACACUUAGCAGAUGAGACCUGAUCUCUAGCGGAUGGACAAACUGCCAGGUAGGAAAAGCUGAGAAUUAUGUGGCUAAUGUGUCAUGCACAACUAUGCUGUAUACACACAAUCAGAUUGCUCCCAUGAUGUUCAAUUUUCAGAGAAGUGCAGGUUUGCCCAUAGUCACCCAGAUGGGAUGAAGAGCUAGGUUAAUCUGUCACUCAUCCACGGUACCCCAACUUUAGCUAGGACUGACUAUUUAUGGGCCAUAGGAUGGUACAAGGACUCCAGGUCCUAAGCUCAGCCUGCCUCCUGUGCCAACGUGCUGGCAAAUCUCUUGGUCAAAUCUUCAGAGACAAUCAGGCAAGGCUUGGAUGAUCCCAGAGUGUCACUGUGGUGCCUCGGGGGGGGGGGGGGGAGGGGGUUGCUGCUUCAUGUGUACUCAGGAGAGUAGACAUGCAGGACUUCCCAAAUGGCAAGACUCUGAGUCAGAUAUGGAGAAAGCCACCUCUGCCCCUUCCUAGUUGGACCCUAGUUCCCAGGGUCCCCAGCCUCCACUCCAUACAUAACAGCAUAAAUUCAAGGGUAGGUCCCAUCAGUUACCAGAGAAGUGAGAAAAAUAAGACUUUUCUGUUGGAAUCUCCACACCACUGUCUUGGAUGUAAAAGACCAGCCUUGAUUCUGAUCAAACAGUCUGCUCUACUUUUGACAUUAAAGAAUCCCAAAAAUACGAUGGUGGUUGUGGAUAUAAUUGUUCAGUUGGUUUGUUUGACACAAACUAGGGUCUCAUUAUGAAGCUAUGGCUGGCCUGGGACUCAUUACAUAGAUCAGGCUUCCCUGGAACUCAAAGAAAGAGCCCACCUGCCUCUGCCUCCAGGAGCUGUGAUUAAAGACAUGUGCCACCAUGUCCAAGUUAGAUGUGAUAUUUUAGAUUUUUUAAAUUCCUUGCUUAUAGAAGUUGAAUACAAAGUAAGAAGCGGUACAUUCUCCUUGAUUGUUUUUUACUCAUUUACACUGCGCAAACACUGAAUGCCUUAGAGGAGACAUGGUGGCACACAUCUGCAUCCCAGCAUCUGGGAGGCAAAGGCAGAAGGAUCAGGAGUUCAUGGUCAUCCUCAGCUACAUAGCAAGUCUGAGGUCAACCUGGACUGCAUGAGACAAACCAGAACCUAGAAACCAGUGACAGCAUCCCUGAACAUAGGCUUUUCCUCUGUGAUGUGAGCUGGUGGUGAUACCUUCUCCCUCCCAGGAAAAGUAUAGCGAUGAAGAGGGAUGCCAUACACAUAUGUAUACAUAUAUACAUAUACACAGAUAUACAUAUAUACUAUACAUAUACACAUAUAUGCAUACACACAGAUAUACAUAUAUACACAUAUACAUAUAACAUAUAUACUAUACUUAUACACAUGUACACAGGUAUACAUAUACACAUAUACACAUACACAAAGAUAUACAUAUACACAUACACAAAGAUAUACAUAUAUACAUAUACACAUAUACAUAUAACACAUAUAUACACACAUAUGUUACACAUAUAGAUACACAUACAUACACAUAUACAUACAUACAUACAUAUAUAUUUUGUUUGUCCCUGAACUUAAUGUAAAAUAUGGCAGUGAUCCCUCAGUAUUCGUGGGGGUUGGUUCAAACCCUCCAAAUUACAAAAUUUUACAGCUGUUCCAGUACCAUCUAAAGUAAUAGAACAUCCCCAUAUAAACUUGAUGCAACCCCCUGUAGCCUUUAACCCCAGAUUAUGUAUAAUAUGAGCUACAACAUAGCCAUGUUUCUAUAUGGUUGUUGAGCCAUGAGGUUUAGGAACCAAACAGAAGAGAAAAAAAAAUCUACACAUGUUUGUUAUGGAUCUUAAAAAAAAAACAUAAAAAAAAUUUUAUUUCUGCUCAAUUCAUUUCCCAGAUAAGAAAAUCUUGAUCCAAAGGGCAAGCUAUAGAUUUCCUUUCCAUUCCAACUGCUAUGGCCUAGGUCUCUUGGACAUUACCUUUGUCAUAAUGUCCUCCAUCAUCUCUAGGGAUUCCCAGGGUGACUCACACCCUGCUGCACAGAUGUCACAGCUGCUGGCUGGCUCUAACCAGUGGAGGAGGUGAAAGUGAUUGCCCUAAGCCGAGGAGCCUCUCGGUUGUUGGCUCCUCUCAGAAAUGGGACAGCUUCUCAGACAUGGCCCCCAUAUCUGGAGUGCCUGGGCUCUUUCUAAAUCCCAAUGGUCAUUGUCUUUGCUGUGUUUUAGUAACUUCUCUGGCCACAAAGAACACAAAGAACAGUUGAGCUGAGGGUCCCAAGUAGAGUCCACAAGACCUGAGGGCCCAUGACACCUCCUCACAGUCCAUCACGAGGGGACAUUUCUCUCCAUCCCGUCCUGAUGCGUGUCACAAUUGCAGACCCUUUCCAAAACAGUCAACAUCUGGGGGAUCCGUUCCCUUCAAGGAAGCAGCUUUACCUCAUGCCCCAGGGCCCUUGGGUGGUAUAGCACCAAAAGCUAUGUCACCGCAGCUUAGGGUCCCCUGCGUGACAUCUGUUCAUUCCUCAUCCUGGCCUGCCACUCCCUCAGGAACAGACUCAGGCCAGGCUCUGGGAUGCUAAAGGUAAGUUCUUGAGGGUGAGGGGCAGAAUGCAGACAAGGUCCAAAUGUUGGCCUUGCUCAUAAUACUCCCUGAAGGUCUUAGGCCUGAUGACCAUCCUGGAUCUGCCCCAGAACUCUCUGUAGCAUCUUCACCCCAGAGGCCUCAGAUGGUAGGUAGACUUACUGUGCCUCAGUAGGGGCUCUGCCUUAAAGUCACCUUCACUGUUAAGGUCAUCUGUAAUUUGGGACCAGCUGAGCAGCAAGCCUGGGGAAUUCCGGAGCCCAGAAAGGGAGUGGGGAUAGAUAAAUCCAAACAGCUUCCACUAGAAGCUGUGACCACAGCCUCCCUUGAGCAGAGCUGCAGAGUUGUCCCGGCAGGGAGGCGAGGUCAGCCUGCGUUGGGUUAAAAUGCCAGGAGAGAAAUGAAAUGACAAACAGAUGCGAGAACAGGCAUUUCCAUAAGGUGUUUUGCAUUCCUCCAUCUUACAAGGCCCGCAGAGAGCCUAACAGUCCAGCCAGAGGGUUAAAUUGAUCCCAGCCAGUUUGCCUUACUUCUGUUUGAGUAGUCACAGCAUGAUGGUACAGCUCUGUGGUAGCAUCAGCCUCCAGCUGCCAUGCAGUCUCCUCCCAUGCUUAUCCAACACGCCUCACCUUGCUCUCUGUGCACCAGAAACACUGCCUCUUCCUGUUCCCCCAGCCCCUUGAACAACCCUCGACGUCUUCACUUAAGUGCUUCCAUCUCAGUUUCAUCGCCACCUCUGAGAUGCUAUCACUUCCUCGACCUCUCGGGUGCUUCCAUGAGAUGCGACCUUUGCUUCCCCUUCGCCUCGCCUAUCUCUCAUAGUCAUCCUUCAGUAUGUACCUCCUGACCCUAUUCAGGUCCUGAGUGCCCAAAGGGGCGGUCCCUGCUCACAUGCUACCCAGCACCUGACUGUAAUGAGGCAUCCCACAUUGGCUGAAUGAGUCUUAGCACCGGUGUGAGGUAUGCUGGGGCCUGGAGCCUGGUGUCACCCCUCCAGAUCUUGCCAGCUUGUGCCCAAAGCUUGGUGACAACACUGCAUUCACUACAGCACCCUCUCUAAAAGCAAUCUGCUGGACAAUAGGAGCCGCUUUCCCUGAAUUACGAAAGCCUAUAGUACCCAGUAUGGGGGGUAAGCAAGCUACACAGAAGAUCCAUAAUUCUAAGGCACCAGGCAACGUGGAUGCUGGCUCUGUAAACUGCAACAAGAUACUCCUUCUCUGGUCUGAGUUAACUCACAUAAAGUGAGGGGGUGGGACUCGAUUAUAGCAUCCACAUUUAAUGGGUACUUGUAUUUUUUUGGCAGGCCCUGGGCUAAAACCUGUAUAUUUAACACAGGUGAUUCCCACAGCAUCCAUACGGAGCAGGCACUGUUAUUAGUCCCAUUUUGCAGAUGGGGAAACUGAAUAUUAGACAGUUUAUGUAACUUUCCCAAGGUCACAUGGCUAGAAAGAGACCGAGACCAGGUCUUAACACAGGCUUGUCUGUCUCCUCCAGCCGAAGAUUCUCCACCUUGUCUCCUCUCAAAGGAUCUCCUGACCCCAUUACCCAGAAACACAUCAGUCCAGAGCCGGAGAAGUAGCUCAGGGUCCAACAUGUUUUUACGAAGCAAGGACCCUGUGAAGCUCACACUCCGUAGUGACCCUGUCAUAGUAGGAGCCCCAGCAGCCACACAGCAGCUCUGAGCUACAUUAACCCUUAGAAGUCAGAGACCAGCUGGAGGAGCAGCAGAUAGGGUUCAGGCUUGUUUUUAAAGUGCAACUCCCAUUGGGGCGUUACAGCCAGAGAAGAGCACAUGAUUCUGGAAUCAUCUAAAGUGGACUGGCUUGUGUAGCUACCACCCUGAUGCAGGCAAGAGGAGUACUACCUGAGCCCAGCGUCCCCAUCCUGUCCUCCCUGUCAUUACCUCCUAGGAACUGUGAGUUUUCAUCUGAGAAGAGUCCCUGGGGCCAUGGAGAAUGGCUGGAAGAAGCUAAUUUUCAAAUUAUCCUUUCAUCUCCAGGGAAAUUGGGAGUCGGAAGAAGCAGGUAGAGGGGGAGAGAUUCUGCACAAGAUGCGCUAAGCCCUCACACAGAGCAAAUUAGCACAGGAGCAGAGAAAGGAACGAGCAGCUCGGUUGUUCUUGGGCCAGAUUGUCAUUGUGUAUGUGUAUGCAUGUGUGUGAGCAUGCGAAUCUGUGUGUUGGGAGAGCCACAGAACCCUGCCAGGGAAGCCCAAGGUCACCCUGGAAGCACAGGGGAUGGCAGUUCACCUCCCUCCAGAUAGUUCCCAUCUUGAGAAAACAAGCCUCCAACCUAGGUCUGUCCCCUACACCCUAGGUCUGUCCACUGUGUGCCCUUCCUUCUGGUUUCUCCAGAGAUCACUGAAUGGGCUUGAAAGAGGCACAAGAACUGUAUAAAUGCCUCCCAUUCAGGAAGAACUUCCCUGUGAUUAGCCUGUUGUUAAGACUAAAGUCUUCCACGUAGGAAAUGAACCCACAUGAUAUCUUGCACUGUACCAUGGUUAAACUUCCUAAGAGUCAAGGAAAUCAGAGGAAAAGGCACAGGUGAAGGAAAACUCAAGAGCAGGUCCAGACCCAGAGAGCCGGUUCUUGUGCAUUGUAGUGAACACUUUGGACAUGGUGAGUGUCCACUCUCCACCCCACUGGUUGUUGUCACACCCUGCCUCCAGAUGUAGUGAUCAAGAUGACAAACAUAUGGCAAACAGGGCAUCAGUUUCAGGUUGAAAAAAGAUGAGAAAAAGAUGUACGUGGUAAAGUAAAACAAAACAACAAAACCUUAUAGUUGAUGGCAAAACUGCUAUGUCUUUCCACAUUUGGAAGCCAAUUCUGCUAUGUAGAAAUGCUGGUGUCCCUCUGCACCGUGCACCAGUGGUCAAGGGCCCACCAGUUCUCCUCCAUUCUUAAGGGCCUGUGUAGACAUCUGAGUGUCACAGAAGGAGUGACAAUCAUCUGCCACACUGUAGGACACAGUUGUGGCCAGGCUACUCCAGAGUCAGCCUGCACAGACCCAGUAUCGCCUCUCAACUAGUCAUAAUCAUUAAUAGCACCACAUCCCACUAUCCAAAGAGGUCAAUUUGGAUGAAGAGCUAUGCACACUAGAUGGCUUUCAAAGUUAAGAGGAGGCAGCCCAUAGGCACAGUUCCUAGCAGGAAGACUCUACCCCUCCGAGGGAGGGUCUGGUGUGUCUCUUCUCAGUGCUACAUUCUCUAGGUCCCACUCAAACAAACUUGCUGUGGAUAAAGGCUAUGUGUCAAUUCCAGGAUUGAGACAUUGAGGCCAGGUUAAUGCAGCCCAUAAGAGAAACUGACAGUCUAUGGGGAAUGACGCAUGUUAUAGUGAGGGAAGCGUCAGGUCUGGGGUCUGGGUGCAAGAACGCCAUUAGGAGAUAGAGAUAGAGCCAGGCACCAGGAAUAAGGUAUGUUUGGGUAGAGGAAGUAGAGGUACCAGAAGAGACCCAUUGAUCAGUGUAGGAGUUAUUGAUGUCACUGUAGUACACAGACAAGGUAUCUUUUUCCUAGAAUUUCAACUCUGGGCACUGAAUUAGAAUGGUGAGUUUGUCCUGGCAGCCAAAUGCAUGCUGAUGACUGUCACGGCAGAGUCAUGUCACAGGAAUAACUUUGUAUGUUGACUUGAUUCUCUGUGUCGACUUUAAGACUCUACAUACUUGCUGCCUUACCCUGUUGGGCUGUCCAUCUGGCCAGUUAUACCUGACUGCAUGACUAAAGUCCAAGGGCCCUGGAACAUGGACCAUUUAUUAACAAUGUGAUCUUGGGAGACUUAACAAAAAUCUCUCUAUGCUUUAAUUUAUAUAUGGCAAAUAUAUAUAGGCAAAUAUAUAUAUGAUUUAUAUAAGAACACUGCUGUUCCUCCAGAUGGCCUGACUUCCAUUCUCAGCACAUGCAUCAGGUGGCUCAUAACUGCGACUUCAGGGGAGCUGAUACCUCUGGCCUUAAAGACACAUAUACAUACCUACAUCCAGAUAUACACACCUGCAAAUUAUUAAAAAUAAUAAAAGUGAGUCUUUAAAAGUUUAUCACAACCACCAUUUCUGAGUUAUACAAGCAUUGACAUAACACUACUUAUAUAAAGCACUAAAAGUCAGUCCAAGACAUAGGAAGUUCUCAGUGUGUUAAAGUUCACAGGAUCCAUAGGUGGCAGUGAUGAUGGGGACGUAGGUACUGGUUGCCUACUGUAGGUGACAACUCUGAAUGUAAGAUGAAAGCAAGAUAACACUUUCCCAAGGAUCUUGGAUCUCUUAGGACACCUUGAUACAGGUUCUGGUUCAAUUGCAUCAACUGGGACAAGAAGAUCCUUUGGGAUCUCUGGAGGUCUUCUUGUCCUAUUUUACACUUGCAGAGAAAUGACCCCAGUGAGUUAACCAAGGUCACAAAAAGCAGUUUCCAAACACGGCCUGCUGCCAUAGCAUGGUUCAGAUGAGCUUUCUUUCACUCUGGGGCCUGAGAACUGUGAUACCAGGCAAGCUAGGGAAUGAGCAGGCUAGGCAAUAUCCAACCUUCUCUCUCUUCUUCCUUUAUGUAGGUUUGUUUGAUAUCUGGUUGCAUUAACCAUACAGAUGAUUGGGUUCACUAGGCUAUUUCCAUGCAUGCCUAUAGUUUAUAUUGAUCACAUAUCUAUAGCCAAAGCAAUACAAAUCAGCAUACAAAGGAAUGCCUUCAUGCCCACAUUCACGUGACACUUUUUACAAUAGUUAGCAUACAAAUCAGCCUAGAGCCAGCAGUUUUUACUUCUUGUAGGCAAAUGAGCCCCCCUGCCCCCCUCAAAGUUGUGAAAAUUCAGACUCUGGUGUGUGCUAGGGCAAAUGUGGUGGGGCUUGGAGCUCCGCAUGUCUGGGGAAGGGGAUAUCUUCCUGUGCUGAGGCUGCUCUAGAUCUCAGGGGAUAUCAAAGCUGAAGGCCAGCACCCAUCACAGGCUGAAAAAUAAGUGUGUAAUUUAAAAUGUCCUAGUUGGUAUGUUUAAGAAAUCAAUAGUGCAGUAGUGGCACAGCUGUUAGAGAAAUAACUAACCACCCUUUGAUUGAAUUUAAGGCCCACUCCAUGAGAUGAAACCCACACCUGAUGCUGUUAAAGCCAGAAAUCUGAGACUAGAUACGUCAUGUGAAGGGGGGGGGAGGCAGAGGGUGUAUUAUUAAUAAAACAAAGAAGAAGAAAAUUACAGAUGGACUUAAUGCUGGUAACAUAUCCCAUUUAACCCAAACUGUCAAAAGCAUAUAUCCGUUUCAAUAUAUAAUCAACAUAAAAAUUAUCAAUCCAACUGACAUCCCCCUCACCCAACUGAGAUAUUUGGAAUUUGAUGUCUUUUACAUCCUAAACAUGUCUCUGUCCAAAAUGACAUCUGAAGUCCCUAUGUAUGACCAUUGACCACAGUCAGGUUCUAGGUCACUUCAUAGUAACUCCCUCACCCUCUAUACUAGCCAAAUAUGACCAUUUUCUUGAAACUUACCUCACAUUGAUAUCCCUAAAUAGCCUACCCCAACAACCUUGCAAUGUGUGUGUUCAGGUUGAUAAAGUCAUAGACCAGGAGCAGCUAAGACCCUGUGUUCAUUAUCUGAAGACCUACAUACCCAUCCUCAGGGCAUACCAUGUUCAACACAAGAACAGGGUUGAAAACGCCUUCCACAUGGUCCAUACCUUGCCCUUGUUUGGCCACAUAUAUAGAAGGGUUUUGUGUGUAACCUUCCAUGACCAUGAAACACACAGGCUGUGAUUCCGUGGCCAGGCUCCAGUAUGCCAUGUGUGGACCCUCUGUGACUCUGGGGAUAGCUCUUCUGCUGGAGAGUCAUCAAUAGAUUCAACUCCCCACAAUUCUGAACACACACAGGCAAACUACAGAAGGAAAUUCCCACAGCAGCCAAGACCCUUAGGGUCCACACCAGAAAUGAACCCACUGUCAUCUGCCCUAACCUGUGACUCACAUGUGACUUUGAAGGCUCUGUUUGUAGGGAUCUCCUGAAAGUCCGUCUCCAGGAAGCCAGGUCAUGUGGCUUCGCAGAGCUAUAGCUGGUGCAGCUAGCUCUUGUCUGAUAAAGCUCCCAUUUGUUAACUGCUUAAUGCCACACACUUGAAGAUCUGGAAAAUUCAGAUAUGUGGUGGCCUGUAGACAAAGCAGCCACAUCCACAAGGAUGCUCCACAAACGGUGUUUGCUGGUUAUGUGAAACCUCCUCAUUCCACUGUGUUGCAGCAAAGCCUCCUAAGCUGGGGUCACCCGUUUCCACUCCAGAAAGUUCUUUAGGAUGCACCAGUUUCCUCCAGUAGUCUAGGAGCACGUUCAGCCGAUAGGUAUGGAUUGAGCACCUACACCUCCAGGGAUUCAGCAGAAGGAAGUUCAUGGUUUUGUGGAGACUUUGGGUAUGUGCAUGUGUAUUAGGGUCAGAUGGGGGCAGACAGGGAUGAAUAAUAAAAAACCAGCACAUAAAUGGCUGCAGGUCGCUGGUGUUCUGUGGGCUGCUGUGUACCUGACGGACUGCCACCUGUCACCACAGGGCAACCAGGCCCCAGGUGCAGUAGUUCCCAGAUCCUGAUGGCUAGACCUUCCCUGAUUUGUUACCCAAAUAUCCCCAUGUUUUCCGAUUCACUUUGUUUUCUUUUGCUUAUCUGCUACCAGCCUGCCUCUGCUUGGGCCCUGGGUUUCCUCGAAGCUCUGCGCACGACUCUCCCUGUCUGUGGGAUCCCCUCGUGAUGGGAAAGGAGUGGGUGAUGUGUUCGGGAGCUCCGGAGAUGGAUCGCUGUGUCAUUGGAGCAGCGAUAGGCAGAGGAAACAUAAACAACAGCGUUCUGGGGGGGGGGGCCUUUUACACCCCUGGCCCUCCCAGCUUUUCCUGUGCCUGCUGAUUAUACCUAAAAUGGACCAUAAACACACAGCAACCUUCAAAGGGAGGGUUCACAGCAGCUGGCGUUCAGAGGCCACAGAAUCAUCUUUGGAGGAAAAUAAAACACAAAUAUAUUUACAAAACAUUGUCCCCCGGGGACUGUGGGGGAGCAGACAGUGUGUUUUUCCUACUCACGAGCUGACCUUUUCCACUCGACAAACAGGGACUGCUGUCUUCCCACCCUCACCUCUGCCCUCUCUCCUGGUUUAGGUGGGGCCUAAAUUUGCACAGUUUUCUGCUUAAAUAACAAAUGCUACUGUCCCACCCAGGACCAGGCAGUAAAACACCAGCUACUAGGACAACAUUCGAAGCCAGCACUGUUCUCAGGGGGAGGAGAGCCAGGAAGAAGGAUUCUGGGUUUACCACAGCAAGCCAGGGUCUUCACUUGAGGUUUUCUGUUUUUGUUUUUCCCACAGUAGCUGGUGAGAGAAUGUUAAAAGUACUGUAACGUGUCAUUGGGGAAAAUAGCAUUUUUAGAGUCAAAAGUAGUGAUUACUGGCAAUUUCUUCUGGCUUCAUCUACAAAUAAUUGGCUACUAUUGCCAGUCAGUGCCUGUGUGCCAUAUAUUAGCUAGGCACAUUGCAGGAAGGGAGUCACUUCACCUUUAUGCCACAGAGAGGCAUCUUAGGUGCAUUUCCCAGCUGCAGAGGGCAAGAUGAGCACUGUGGUCUGGUAAAGAUGUGCUACUGGGAAAAACAAGCAAGGGAGGUGGUGCAGGGUAGGGCAGAAAUCAAGCCAAGAAAGUGUGGUUUCCGUCCUUCACCUCAACCCCAUCCAUGGGGAAUUUCAGAGUUUAUGUUACUCUUCAGAACUCAUCCCAGAACAAGGCAAGGGCACUGGGCUUUCAACUAUGAGUAUUCCAUCCUGGGCCUCAGGCUGCCCCAAUCCAGAUCUCAAAGUGGCCCUUUGAGCAGAUCAGUAUGGAGUAUGCUGAGGGCCAGGACCACUUGAAGAUGGUUCCAUGGGGCCCAGGGCUGAGCAUCUUCCAGGCUCACUGGAGUGUAGGUUUAAUCACCAUCCUAUACAUCAAACGGCCCAACGGCCCUGGGCAACCUUUAGUCUUCGAUAGAAGUAGAGUAAAAAGUAACUCAGCUUUGAUCACAAAGGGAUAGUGCGGGAACCCUGUCAUCCUUAGCCGUCUGCUAUGUGGAUCUCUCAAGGUCAUUUCCAAUGUCCUUAAACUUGUGGUCAAGCUGGUCUUGCCAGGUUCUGCCUUACCUUAGAGCCGACCUGGCUUGUGAAGAUGACAGGGCUGAUGCAGCCCCAGUGACUAACAGCCAUGGUCUAUUCCCCGUGAGCAGGGGCUCUGUCACGGUAGCUCUCUGGGUCAGAAAGGGGCCUUUCCCAUGGGGUCUGCUUGUGUGUCCUCUCAGUGUCUCUACAGACAAACCUCUGGCUCCGGGAUCCCAGCCUCAAGGCACUCGCUAAACAGUGUCACAACCUAGAGGAAUUGUUGUUCUUGGCCUGACUCCAGGAGUAUGCACUCCCAGCUAUGCCUGGCACCCCAACACCUCAGUAACUGCCUUCCCUGCUUUCACUUGGCAUCCCAAAAUGGCCAUCCCUGGGGGGUCUGAAUCAGAGCUCUCUGACCCAGGACAACACAAAGGAGGAAGGCUCGACCUUGGAGUCUGUACUCAGAAUUUACAACUGGGUUCAGCUGCUUUCUAAUGAGUGUACCUGCUUCUUUGUACCUCCAUCUUCCCAUCUGUAAACAGGGAGAGUGGCCCUCUAAAUGUAAAGAACAACAGCCAGGUAGAGGAACCUUGUGCAGUGUACACUUUCAACCCUUUCCCGAGUUAGUGCCAUGUCUUCCUGUCACAUCAGUUCCUUAACACCUGGCCAGUUCGUGCAUUUUAAUACAAUCUAGUCAUGGUAGUCUUCACUAGGUGCAGAGAAUAAGCUGGAGAAGUGGCCCCUCUAUUAGCAUGUCUCUUUAUUAUUAUUAUUAUUUUGUAUUUAGGAUGCAAUCAUUCUGAAUGCAUUUACCCCUCCCUCCCCUUCCCCAGUCUCUCCCACCUCCCUCCCCUCUCCCCCCAGAUCUAACCCCACUUCACCUCCCUUCACAAAAGAGCAGCCCUCCCAGGGACAUCAACCAAACAUGGCCUAACAAGCUAUAGCAAGAUCAGGCACAUACCAUCACAACAAGGCUGAUUGAGGCAACUCAGUAAGAUGAAAAGGGUCCUCCAAACAGGCAAAAGAGUCAGAGACAGGCCCUGCUCCCACUGUUAGGAAUCUCACAAGAACACCAAGCUACUCAGCCAUAACAUGUUUGCAGAGGGCCUGUGUCAGACCCAGACAGACUUCCUGAUCUCUGUGAGCUCACUUGAGUCACAGUCACUUGAUUCUAUGGGCCUUGUUCUUGUGGUGUCCUUGAUCCCUCUGGCUCCUCCAAUCCUUCCUCCGACUCCUCCUCAGGAUUCCCUGAGCUCUGUGCAGUAUUUGGUUGUGGGGCUCUGCAUCUGCUCCCAUCAGUUGCUGGAUGGAGUCUCUCUGACCUCCAUGAUGAUGAUGAUGAUGAUAAUGACGAUGAUGAUGAUGAUAGGCUCCAGUCCCAGAAUACUCUGCAGGCAGGACAAACUGUAGGUUGAAAGUUUUGUGGAUGGAUUGGUGCUGCAAUCCCUCUACUUGAGACCUUGUCUGGUUACAGAAGAUGGCCAGUUCAGGCUCUGUUCCCCAUUACUAGGAGUCUUUGUUCCCGUUACUCUCACAGUCAGACUCUCUGGUAUUCCCAUUGCACUGGGUUUCUACAUCAUCCCAGAAAUACCCUUCAGUUCCAGUCAUUUCUCCAAGUAUUUCUCUCUCUCUCUCUCUCUCUCUCUCUCUCUCUCUCUCUCUCUCUCUCUGACACAAACACACACCCUUCUCAAGCCCACCCACCUCCAGUCCACUGACAAAAUCCUAUUUCACCUUCCUAGGGAUUUCCUUGUGUCCUAAGUCUUCCUUAUUACCCCGUGGACCUGCAGAUUGAACCACGAUUAUCUUUUAUUUUACAGCUAAUAUGCACUUAUGAGUACAUACCAUAUUUAUCUUUCUGGGUCUGGGCUACCUCACUCAGGAUGAUUUUUUUUUUCUCUAGUUCUAUACAUUUGCCUGUAAAUUUCAUAAUGUCAUUCUUUUUAACAACUGAGUAAUACUCCAUUGUGUAAAUGGACCACAUUACCGCAUUUUCUUUAUCCAUUCUUCAGUUGAGGGGCAUCUAGGUUGCUUCCAGCUUCUGGCUAUCAGGAAGAAAGCUGCUAUGAACAUAGCUGAGCACGUGUCCUUGGGGUAGGGUGGAGCAUCCUUUGGAUAUAUGCCCAGGAAUGGGAUAGCUGGAUCUUGAGCUCUAUCGAUUCCCAAUCUUCAAAGAGACUGCCAUAUUGAUUUUCAAAGUGUCUGCACGAGUUUACACUCUCACCAGCAAUGGAGGAGUGCUCCCCUUGCUCCACGUCCUCACCAGUAUGAGCUGUCACUUGAGUUUUUGAUCUUAGCCAUUCUGACGGGUGUAAAAUGGAAUCUUAAAGUCGUUUUGAUUUGCAUUUCCCUGGUGGCUGAGGAUGUUAAACAUUUCGUUGUUUCUCAGCCGCCAUUUGAGAAUCCUCUGUUGAGAACUCUGUUUAGAUCUCCACCCCGUUUUAAUUGGGUUAUUUCGUUUGCUGAUGUCUAGUUUCUUGAGUUUUGUUGUUGUUGUUGGUUUGUGGGGUUUCUUUUGUUUUGUUUUGUUUUGUUUUUCAAGACAGGGUUUCUCUGUGUAUCCCUGGCUGUUCUAGAACUCACUCUGUAGACCAGGCUGGUCUGGAACUCAGAAAUCCACCUGCCUCUGCCUCCCAGGUGCUGGGAUUAAAGGCAUGUGCCACCACUGCCCAGCACUCUUGAGUUCUUUAUAUUUUUUGGAUAUUAGCCCUCUGUCAUCUGUAGAGUUGGUAAAGAUCUUUUUCCGUGUGUGGGCUGCUGUUUUGUCCUAUUGACAGUGUUCUUUCCCUUAGAGAGGCUUUUCAGGUUCUUGAGGUCCCAUUUAAAUUGUUGAUCUUAGCAUCUGCACUAUUGGUGUUCUGUUCAGGACGUUGUCUUCUGUGCCAAUGUAUUUGAAGCUUUCCCUACUUUCUUUUGUGUCAGGUUCAGUGUAUCUGAUUUUGUGAUCAGUUAGGAUCUAUUUGCAUUCUUCUACAUACCAACAUCCAGCUUGACCAUCACCACUUGUUUAAGAUUUUUUUUUUCCCAUUGUAUAACUCUGGCUUCUUUAUCAGGUGUCCAUAGUGUAUGGAUUUACAUCUGGAUCUUUGACUCAGUUCCAUUGAUCAACAUGUCUGCAUACCAAUACCUGCAGCUUUCAUUACUACAGUUCUAUAGCACAGCUUGAAAUCAAGAAUGGUGAUACCUCUAGAAGUUCUUAUAUAGAAUUGUUUUAGCUAUCCUGGGCUUUUUGUUUUUCCUUAUGAAGUUUAAUAUUGUUCUUUCAAGGUCUGUAAAGAAUUGUAUUAGACCCUGCUUGUAACAGUGGCACACACCAUUAAUCCUAGUACUCUGGAGGCAGAGGCAGACAAAUCUCUGAGUUCAAGGCCAGCCUGGCCUACAGAGUGAGUUUCAGGACAGCCAGGGCUACAUAGUGAAAUUCAGUCUUGAAAAACAAACAAACAAUUAUGUUAAAUCUGUAGAUUGCUUUUGGUAAGAUGGCCAUUUUUACUAUAGCACGUGUUUUAAACAGUUUUUUUUUUGUGGGAGUUGGGUUGUUUUUUUUUGUUUUUUUUUUCCCUUAUGGGUUACCAUCUGAGUUCUUUCAGAGAGCACCGGAUGCCCUACUUUAUUUCCCAUUGAUCUAACUAAUGCAAAGCUAGCACUCUGCCCUUUUUGUUGAACUUCUUAUGUUCUCUAUACAAAUGGUUCCUUCUAUAGGGCCUUCUAGAAAACCCAGCCAAGAGAAAAGGCAAGGCACUGUGUGACUCUGAGAGUCAGGGCAUGGCCUGCUCCGCCUUUCUCCCACACAUAUAAAUAGUGUCCUAGUUUUUGACAGCCUAAUUGAACAUCAGUCACAGAAGAAGGAGGAGGAGGGAGAGGAGGAGAAGGAGGAAGAAGAGGAGGAGGAGGAAAAAGAGCCAUUUUUGUCCCAGCAGUGUGGGUAGAUGUUUCCAUCUGGAAUGUGGGGCCAGAUUUGAGAAAGUGUCUAUCCACUGUAAGUCUGAACCUCUCAUGAGCACUGUACUUGGACAGGCACAAAACUGAGAAACCCAGACAUCCGGACACUGAGUUACCACAGUUCUAUCCCUGAAUAGAGACCCUUUCUCUUCUGUAUGUGACAUGUCGCCUGUAGUUUGUUAGGGAGUCACUAUGGGGUGUCUACUUUAUUCUUGUAGAAGGAUUUCAUGACCAUCAUGGUUGGUGGAUUUCAAAAGAAUCUGGCUCUUGAUUGUGGCUGGUGACUGGCUUUGGGGAAGGAAAUUACUCACCCUUUAAUAUUAUGAAUAAAUAGAAUUGUACAUUCAUUUAAAAGCUUUUUCCAAGCUGCUGAAUUUGUUCCAGGUGUUGUGCUAUUAAGCACCAAGAACCCAAGGUGCAGGUCACAUUUGCAUGCCUCUUAGUGACUCCGUUUGACUCAAUGGUUCCUAACCCUGUUUGCACAGCACAAGGCCUGGAAGCUUUCAAGUAAAGUACUCCCCGUGGAGCUAUCUCAGCCUCUGAUGCUGUGACUUGGUGCUGUGGUCUACUGUGUGUUGAGCUUCAUCCAUAGCUGUCCUAUGGACCCACGGGGCACAGGCUCGACAUAUCUCUGACCUUACACCAAUUUUCUUCUGUAGAACUCAUACUAGCCCUAUAAGCUGUAGGUAUACAGGUAUCUAUAUGUGUCUGUGGAGAGCUGUAUUGUGCCUAUUUCGGUGAUGAGGAAACUGAGGUAUGGAUUGGUUACAUCAUUUGCCCAAGAUUAUACGGCACUGCAGAAACAGAAGAGGACCAGGGCAACUUCUGACCUGUUUUGCCUCUGCAUGUGGAGAGGCAUGAGAGUGGGGUGGUGCAUAUAGAGAUGGCUGGAGUAGGCAGCAAAAGAGAGAAUGGAGAGAGGAAGCUGAAGAGGGGGCAGUGGCAGGGAAGAAGACCCUUGAGCCUCAGAACUGAAGAAUGGGUUUAUUCAGUGGAAAGGCAGGGUGGCUUUUACUUUUGACAACUAAAGAGAGAAAACAUUUCCUAAGGAUACAUUUCGACACAACAAAAAGUAGGUCAGUGUCUUCAUCAGGAGACUAAAGGCACAAGCGCUAGAAUGACACUGGUCUCUGACAGCGGCUCCUCCUUGCCUAGCAGGGAGGAGUGUAAAGGUCCCCUGUUCCUUUUCCCAUAAAUGCAACAUAUUUGGGGCAUCUCCAGGGUCAGCCAUGAAGCAGCUGUCUCUAUGCUCUCAUCCAAAAGCUGCCUUGUCCUCCUGCUCACCUGAACCCCUUCUUGUUUACCAGGAUGCCAAAUCCUUCAACUGCUCAGCUCAGGCCAGCACAGCACAGCACAGCACAGCACAGCACAGGGUGAGCCCUAGUGGGAGCUAUAUCCAUGAGUGAACACAGAAAAGCUAACAACUGCCUAAGUGGCAGUGGGUAUGUAUAAUAGGAUAAUAUAUAGUAUGAAAUAGAAUAGUAUAGGGUAAGAUAGGUAUAAUAUAGGAUAGUAUAUGUAUAAUAGGAUAAUAUAUAGUAAUAUACAAUAUAGUAUAUGUAUAAUAUAUAGGAUAGGAUAGAUAAUAUAUUCUAGCAUAUGUAAAUAGUAUCAAAUAUGGUAAUGUAUAAGUACAAUGUAGUAUAUGUACAUUAGUAUAAUAUAUAGUCGAGUAUACAUAUAGUAGCAUAAUAUAUAAUAUGAUAUAGUAUAGUAUAGUAUAGUAUAGUAUAGUAUAUGUAAAAUAGAAUAGUAAAUUGUGAGCUAGUGUUCAAAUCUCAGCCCCUUUACUGACUAUGUGGUUCUGGAUAACUCCUUGACCUCUAGUGAGUUGUUUUCUUACCUAUAACAUGAGAUCACCAUUCCUACCUUGCAGGCUUGUUUUAAGAAGAGGGAAUGGGACUAACUAGAUGGCUCAGUGAGUAAAGGCGCUUGCCAUCAAACCUCAUGACCUGAGUUUAAUAACUGGGACCCAUAUAUAGAGAUGUUCAACUACCAUUGAUUAUCCUUUGGCCUCCAUACAUGCCUUGUGGCAUAUGUGUAUACAUGUAUACACACAUACAAUAGAUAAAACAAAUAUACACAUAUAGAUACAUACAAAAGAAAAAAUAAGUAGGCAUGGUGAAUGCCUUUAAUCUGAUCACCCAGAAGGCAGAAGCAGGUAAAUUUCUAUGCAUUAGGGGACAGCCUGGUCUAUACAGUGAGUUCCAGGAGAGCCAGGUCUACAUUAUGAGACCCUGGCUCAGACCGUGGGGAGACCAAGAAUGGUAUUCACAGGCAUCUAGAAAUGUGUUUAAGGACUUUAGUAAACAGCAGCUGAUACUAUUCCUGCUUCACUGUCAUUAGAAUAGUCUACAAGAGCCCAGGUUGAGAGCAGUUGACUUCCCAGUUUCCCUUAAUGGAGGAGGGGUAGAGAUCAAAAGGAACCCAUGUGCUCCUUGGGUGCCUGCCAUAAAUUCACUUGUUUUUUUAAUCUGGUUUCUUUUGGGAGGGAGGAUUGAUGUUGUUUUAUUUGUUUGUUUGUUUGAAACAGUGUCUGUCACUGGCCUGGAAUUUAUCAAUUAGGCUGGCUAGCUAGUGAACCCUAAGAAUCCCCCAGUUUCCACAUGCCCACUCUUGGGAUUACAAAGUAAACACCACUAUGCCUAGGUCUCUUACAUUGGUUCUGGGAAUCGAACUUAUGUCAUUGUGAUUGCAUGUUACCAACAGAGAUCUCUCCUCAGCCCAACCCCUAUCCCUUAUUUUUGCCUUUUUUUUUUUUAAGACAGGGUUUCUCUACAUAGCCCUGGGUCUCCUUGUGCUGGAGACAGAGCAAAUCUCUGCCCUCAUCAACACGGGCAUUGAUGGUCAGAGUGGAGCCUCAGAGGGGGCCCUGGCUAGCUACCCUUGUUCAAGUUGUUCUUCAGCUGAUGGCAACACAUUAUAGAUCACAACAUCAUGUCACAAUGUCAGAAGUUCAGAUGACCCCAUCAGGAGUACUUGGACAGACACACAAAACUGAGAAACCCGGCCAUCCAAACGCUGAGUUAUCCCAGCUGUAUCCAUGAGUGGAGCAUCGCUCCUUCUCUUCUGUGUGCGACAUGUCUCCUGGAGUUUGUUCAGGAGUCACUAUAGGGUGUCUACUUUAUUCUUGGAGAAUGAUCUCAUGGCCAGUGUGGUUGGUAGAUUUUGGGAGAACUUGCCUCUUGAUAGUGGCUGAUGACGGGCUCUGGGGAAGGGAAUCACUCAUCCCUUAAUCUUAUGAAUAAAUAGACUUGCACAUUCAUUCCAAAGCCUUUUCCAGGACCAGGCUGGCUUUGAACUCACAGAGAUCUGCCUGCCUCUGCCUCUCAAGUUCAAGUGUUCAACCCCCUCUCCUUUUUUUAACAGGUGAGAAAACUGAGGCCUGGAAAGGGUUGGUCAUUAGUUUUCCCAGGGCCACCUGGAACUUGAACAGUGGCAUCAAAGCAGGAGCUACCUCCACCAGUUAUUGUGGUUCCUGACACCUACAGAGGUGACAAGUCCAACUCUAGACUGCCUGUGGCCACCCUUGGCCUUUGCUCUAAUUUUCUCCCUCUGUAAGCAGUGGCACAAGUGUGACCUUUCUGGUUGUGUGCAUGAGUAAGCUAUCAGUCCCAAGUGCUGAAAAGCGCUCCCUAGGUGCCAAGUCCUGGCUCUCUCUGAAUUUCAACACCUCAGUUGGCCUGCUUUCCCAACAGCUGCAAGCUGCAUGCAGACAGUGUGCAUGUGUGCAUGUAUAUGCAUGCACGGGGUGGGGGUGGGGAGAAAAAAGGGAGGAAGGGGCAGGAGAACACAGAAGAUCCCAGAUGUCCUUGAGUCUCUUUCCAUAAAGGAGCCUGUGCCUUGGUUGCCUGGCCCAUGAAGAUGGCAGAAACGCUCCCAGGUCAUGGGGGCCCUUCUUGCCAUUGGCUGAAGGACAACCUUGAACAAGGGUAGCCCUCUAGGCCCAACUCUGAGACCCAGCUCUGACCAUCAACCUCUGUGUUGACAAUAGUAGAGAUUUGCUCAGUCUUCAGCAAAUUGGCAGCACAGCUGGGUGCUCAGCUUCGGGUCGUGGAUGUAGUGUGCAGCAUCAGGAAAAAACAUAGACAGUGGGAUCAGACAACUUUGAAUCCCAGUCCUUCUGCUUCCUGACUGUGUAACUGUCAGCAAAGUAAACUGUUGCUUACUGGCUCCUGCUUGCUUUUUAUGUAGUCUAGGACCACCUGCAUGCAGACAGUACUGCCCACAGAGGGCUGGGCCCUACAAGGACAAUUAACUUAUCAAUGGCCAUUAGUCAAUCUGAGCUAGGGGACUCUCUAAUUGCCCCUCCCUGAGACUGUAGGUUUGGGUCAAGCUGACCAUAAGAACUAACUGGCACAGGUCCCUAGGUCAUUCCAGCAGUUGAACAUCUGUGCACACCUGUGGUACUCCCAUCACUCCCCUAAAUGACUUCCAGAGAAGUACUCCAGACUCUGCUAGUGCCGUGACCCCAUAGGUAAGAGGCACAACUGUAGGACUAGGGGCCAACCCUCUUCCCUGACCUGUGAAAACCUCUCACCCACCCUCAUCAUACUGGCAGGCAGAAGGGCAAGGCCCGUUUCUGCCUGCGUUCCACCCUACAGACCCUACCCUAUUUGUCAUUUUUGUAGAGAGGCCGCAGCUGCUGCCACACUCUGAAGAGAUCUGAGAUCUUUAUCUGCUAAUAGAACAUUUCCCUCGAUUAGUGAUUACACAGUCAUUAAUGUGUUUACACAAUUUCUGUCUGUUUCCUUGGUUGUAAACUCCCCGAGGAAAGAUCCUUGUGGAGCUGGAAGGGGGCGGGGGGGGGGGGGCUAGUAGGCUUAUUCACUGCUCUCGUAGAGGACCCAGUUCUGGGGCAUCUGAUGCCCUCUUCUGACUUCCUUAGGCACUAGGCACGUACCCAGUACUCAUGCAUGCAAGCAAAACAUUAACACAUAAAGUUAAUAAAUCUAAAACAAACAAGAGAACUUUGAUUUUGUUGCAGUGAUGAACAUGUCGCCCACAUUUGCUCACACUAAGUUGAUAAUCUCAGUCAAUGAAUUUGAAAGUUUCUAGAUUCAUCCCUGCUGUUACCUCGUUAUCAUAAACGCUCAGGACAACUCCCGUGAGACAGUAGCGUUUGUCCCCAUUUUGUUGAUGGAGAAACUGAGCAUCCCAGAAGUGAGGUGACUUUGAUGAAGCUGUGAGAGGUGAAGUCAGGGUUCACUUAGAACCCUGCCUAUUUGUAAGGUUUCUCUGCUAGGUUCCUGCAGAGGGAGACGCAGACGGGACCAACAGUCAAAGACAAAGUACCCAAGGUAAGGCGAACGAUGAGAGAGCCAUAGAAAAGGAUGCUUUUAGCCUCUUCAAUAGCUCAUCAGGAAGAGCCUGGCUGGCCAGUAGCCUUGGAAGCUGGAUGCUACCUCUUCAAUGCCUCUUCUGGUUCAUAUAUGAGGAUAAAACCUGACAGGCAGGAGAUCCUGAGUGCCCACUCCCCAUUCCUGGCUUGCAAAAAUGGUCUUCGGAGGCUGCCUGUCAGUGCUUGGUGGCCGGCCUGAGGGAGGCCAACUUCCAGGCUGCCUGGGAGGGAGAAAACUCAGACCAAUCCAUCUGUGAACUCUGAACAUUCUUGUGCCACGUGGAGCUGUAAGAACGCCGCCAGACUGAUUUUUGGGGAGAAACAAUUUAAUACUAUCAUGCCCACCCUAGUCUGUAAAACAAUGUCUGUCUAAGCCAAAAUAUAAAAGACAAGCCGCGUGUGUUUGCUCUUUCCCCCCGUCAAGCUCCAGGAUUUUAUUUGUCUUACGUUUGGAAAGGGAGCGGAAAUCAGCGCAGCUGUUUGUGAUCUUGAAUCUUCACACAGCUUGAGCCGAUCUUGGAGUGCAAAGAUCUUCAUGGGUGUCUCUGUUUUGUUGACAAGUUUUAGACUAGCCUGGAACUUGGCCAAGGGCAGUGGUAAUGAUUCCUUUCCACAUAUGCCCCGUUAUCUUGGGCAUUCUGGCCUCACCACCCUUGCCCUUAUCUCUCUCAUGCGGCCAGCAUCCUUGAGGUCACAGGCAAUUCUUUCUAGAGAGACUAGAAUUAUUUCUAGUGCCUCUCUGUUCAAGGGUAGCCCUGGAACUUCUGGAGAGAAUGAUUCUGUUAGGGCCAAGCCUGAUAGUGUCUGUGUGUAUCAACUGGGGAGACUGCUGUAGGAAGGCUGGGAGUUUGAGGCCAGUCUGGACUACAUAGUGAGACUUUGUUUCAAGAAUAAAGAUGAGGAAGAAGAAGGAUGACUGGAGGAGCAGGAGGAAGAAGAGGAGGAUGACAAAAGGGGAGGAGGAAGAAAGAAAAAGAAAAAUUGUUCCCAGAACCACUUUCAGACAAGGCCUCUAGAACAAGUCUCCUUGUGUCUUUACAGAAACCUUAUCAGUGACCUUGUUACACGGACAACUGCCACAGUGUUUUGUUGCUUUGCUUAAUUUGGGUUGGGCAAAGUGGCUCCCUGAAAAGGCAGAGAGCAGAGGUGAGUCCAAGCCAGCUGGGCAUGAUCACCAAGGCCGACACUGGCACAUUGGUUGGUUUAGGAUAGGGCUUGCUGAGUGUUCCUUAGAUAAGUGAAAGCUUCGAACAAAUAUAUUUGAAAAAACACAGAUAAUCUCACUGGAAAGUACUUUAAAAAAAUCAUCCCAUAACUCAGAGCCUUUGGAAGAGUGAUAUAAAUAAUAAAUAACAGAGCCUUCACUCACAUUUCAGAAGUAACCUCUUUAUAAUGACUGAAUAUAAGUCCUCCCUCUCUUUCCCUUCUCUUUAUAAACAUAAUUAUUCCCGCAUAAACAACCAGGCAAUUUAGGCAUUGCUAGUACUUUACUUACUACAUAAGCUAAUAGAACACAAGUAACAAGAGGAAGACUCUAGGAUUUUAAAUAAAGGAAGGAAUCGCACAGUGCAUUUCAAAACUCUAAAUUUUUAAAAGUUACACUCUGCAGAUGCCCCCCCCCCCCAAGCAGGCCCUUCUGUCAGCAUGGCUCUCCCCCAACAAUUAACUUAACAAAUCAUCUCAGAGUCCUGUUGCCUGGGCCCCCUCAACUAUCCCUAGAGGUCACACAUUAUCCUGCUCAUGAGAUGCAAUGCUGGCCAAUACUCCUGCCUGGGGUAUAGUCAAAGGGUAGGCAGACAGGCUACCAGAAGGGCAGCAGUAACCAGACAGCAGGAGGAGGAAGAGGAGGAGGAAGAAGAGGGGGGGGAGAGUGGAGCCUGCUACCUCGUGAGCAGAGAGAACAUAGCCACCGCAGGCUGCAUGGUGCCACAGUGGCUGCCCUCAGUUACACAGGCUACUUCUGGCUGAGUGUCUUCUGUCUGGGAGCGAAUCUCAUCAGGAAGUAACAGAAUCCCUGGGGCUUUCCAGGUUGCUUUUUUAACACUAAUUAAAAUUAUCCAGCUACUGCUUUCAAUACUACCGCUCCCCUACUGUGAAAUGUCAUGAGAAUAAAGCCUUUGUAGCAUCUUUCUCCUUUUUAAUAGCAUAUAAUAAUUGCACAAAAUGAUGGAUUUCUCGGUGACAUUUUCAUUCAUGUGUUGCACUAGUUACUUUUCUCAUUGCUGUGACCAAAAAGCAACUUAAAGGGGAGGAGUUUUCUUUGGCCUGACAAAAAGCAGCUUUAAAGGGGAGGAAUUUCCAUUGGCUCAGAGUUCAAGGGGGACACAGUCCAUCACUCAGGGAAGGCAUAGGAGCAAGAGAGUGUGGCAGCUGGGCACACUGGGUUUGAGGUCAGGAAGGAGAAAGAGAGAUGGAUGCUGGUACUCAGUUCACUUUCUGCUAAUGUAGUCUGGAGCUUCAGUCCAUGCAAUGGUGCAGCCCACAUUUAAGGUGGGUCUUUCUUCUUCGACUAGUCUAGUCUAGAAAAUCCUUUAUGUACAUGCCCAGAGACUUGUCUCCAAGAUGAUUCUAGAGACCAUCAAACUGUCAAUCAAUAUAAAGCAUCCCAAGUAUACAAUGUACUCUGUUCACACUCAUGUCCCACUCCCCAUUACAGUCUCCAUUUUGUUGUUUUGCCUUUGAUGGGAUUGGGAAUUGAACCUGGGACCUCACACUUGUUAGCAAGAACUCAGCUCUUGAGCUAUGUCCCUAUUUCACCACCAACCACUUUUACAGCAGCACUUUCCAGUAUGUCUACACCUGGAAGACCUUUUCACCAGGACAAUGUCUGGGCCAUACUACAGAGUGGUCAACUUCCUUUAUGCAUGGUGGUACCUGGGAGUUCUCUCUCUCUCUCUCUCUCUCUCUCUCUCUCUCUCUCUCUCUCUCUCUCUCUCUUUCUCUUUCUCUCUCUAAAUAUUUAAUUCACAGCACUGUCUUACUUAGGGUUUUACUGCUGUGAACAGAUAUCAUGACCAAGGCAACUCUUAUAAGGACAACAUUUAAUUGGGGCUGGCUUACAGGUUCAGUCCAUUACCAUCAAGGUGGGAGCAUGGCAGGUUCCAGGCAGGUAUGGUGCAGGAGGAGCUGAGAGUUCUGCAUCUUCAUCCGAAGGCUGCUAGUGGAAGACUGACAUCGAGACAGCUAGGAUAAGGGUUUUAAAGACCAAACUCACAGUGGCACACUUACUCCAACAAGGCCACACCUCCAAAUAAUGCCACUGCUUGGGCUUGGCAUACUCAAACCACCAUAAGGACUGUCAUGCAUGGCCAAGGCUUCUUAUUGAGAACAAGGAACAGCUGAUCCCAAGUCACUUGAGGGUUUGUUUCAAAUGUACAAUCCAGAGUCAGAAUUCUAGGCAUGCUGGAAGAACAUAGGGCCUAUUCCUUUAACACUCUCCAGUGACUGUCAGGCUUCAUAUUUAAAGAACCUGGCCCAUAUCUUUACCCUUCAUUGAACAGCAGCAAAAAGCUCCCUUUCAGAGGCUGAGCAUCUCUCACAGCACCCUUGCUUGGUGUUCAUUUCUUGUCUUACCUUUAAGACUGCUGCCCUUGGGUUGGAGAGAUAGAUUGGGAGUUAAGAGCACUGUCUACUCUUUCAGAGGACUCCAGUUCAAUUUCCAGCAUCCACUUAGUGGCUCAUACAUUUCAUGGAAUCUGACAAGUUCUUCUGGCUUCCGUGAGCAUCAGACACACAUGUGGUACAUAGAUAUACAUGCAAGCAAAAUCACCCAGACACAUAAAAUAAAAUUAAAUGAAAUUUUUAAAUAAUGAGGACUCUGUCUUUUACAAUCUGGGUAGUUACUUGAACUUCUAGUCUAAUUUUUCAGCUGCAGGGUGCUUUGGGAACUGUUCCAUGUAAGGGCGCGCCAUGAGGGCACAUAUUAGGGGCAGGGCAUUGUGGGCUUGCCUUUAAUGUUGAUAUCCAUGGUUAUACCUCCUUAUUAUACUUCCUGGUGUUCAGAGUUCAAGCACUUGGGCUUCAAUCUAUUCCACUAGCUGUGGUGUCUCAGGGGAGAUGCUAGACCAUCUCUGGGCCUGUUUCCUCUUCUAUAAAUGAAAAUAGCAAAAAAAUAGCAAUAGUUCAUGCCACAGGGACGAUGGGGAAAGUCAGAGAUAAUAUGCGUAAGGUGCUGACUGUGGUCCCAGGCAUGAAGUAGAGAACAAGGUCUCAGAUGAUAGUUCUUAUCAAUGUCAGCAUCACUAACGGGGCCACUCUGGUUGUAGAGACUGAUGUAUGGGAAGAAUGGACAGUAUAAAAGAAGGAGCAACUUGCCAAAAGACCAGUUUGAGGGUUAGGGGCAUAGCUCACAUGCUAGAGUGCUUGCCUAGUAUGCAUGAAGCUCUGGGUUUGAUCCCCCAUGUCACAUGAAAACUGGUGGGGAUGAUGUACCCCUGCCAUCUCAUACCUUGGAGGUGGAGGCAGGAAAAUCAGAAGUUCAAGACCAUCUUCAGCUGCAUAGUGAGUUCAAAGCCACCCUGGGCUACAUGAGACCCUAGGUCAACAAAACAACAACAGCAAAACAAAACAACAACAACAAAACAACCAAACCACCACCAGCAACAACAGCAACAAUAUAAACGCAGUUUGAAACUGAUUUAACUAGAUCUCUCAAUUGAUUAUAUGUUCUUUUUCUUAUCUGUAAGAAUGACUUUUUAAAAAGCAUGUGGAAAAUUAGAACUUAAAAAGCAACUAAAAAGCUCAUAGGUGGGAUGGGCCCAGAUAUGGACCAAUUAGACUCUUCCUUCUUCACCUUGGCUUCCUGAGCAGCCUUUGAGUGCAUCCUCAGCUAUUGCCCAAGUUCAUCUCCUGGCAGCCCUGAUCCAGAAUUCCUGUUCCCGUCAGACGCAGGCUGUUCUUGGGUCUGUUUCUUUUCCUCUGUCCUUACCCUUCUGCUCCUAAACAAACCCAGAUUCCACAUAUGGAUCUUUGUUUAUAGUUCUCUUUAAUUUGUUUUAAAUUAGCUUACAAAAUAACAGUUUUCCUUAAGGCACUCACAUGUAUGUGGGUUAUAGUUUCCCCAAGAUGGAAGGAAAAAUCUAGUCACUCAAGAGUAACAGUUCAGGAUAGGCUUCACUUUGUCAUGUGGGACAAAGGAUGUGAGCUACAGGCUUCAUCUCCAGCCUGUGUCACUACUGACAGCGCACAGACUUUCAAAGGUGGGGGCCUGCUGAAAGGGAGUCAGGUCACCCCAGAGGCUGGGACAUUAGCCUCUUUCUGUCAUUGCUUCUUGGUCACUGUGACUGGCGUUGGCCCUCCACCCUUUGUGUGGUGAUGUUCUGUGCUACCCUAAACCCAAAGCAUCGGGGCCAAGGUACCACUGAUAGAAACAUUAAAAACCAUGAGCUGAAACAACCUUUUCCUUUAAGUUGCCUUGUCUCAAGUAUUUGUCACAGUGACCGAAUACUGGGAAACACUUUACGCCACUUUGAUUGGGAGUCCCCACUUUGCUCUGGCUCCCUCCAUCCUCAAGAUGGCUCCCUCCAUCCCUCCCAUGAAAUGUCAGAGAAUAGAACUGUUCUUACUCGGGAUUCACAAGACAAAGGUUUGAACCCUUCCGCCGGGGUCUCUUUUCAGAUGUGCAGCCACUUGUCAGAUGACAGGACACUCAGUAGUCACUAAAGCCAUACACCCAGAGGCUUGCUCUUGAGCAGCCUGGAUCCAGCGAAUGUGACAUCUCCUGAGCUUGUGGUUCACCAGUGCUGGCAUCCGGGAGGAAGCAGUAUGUGGUUUAAGUUCCCACUGGUGUGACUUGUUUAGACAGCCUUCUCCAGCCUACAAAGUAGCCACAGUCUAUGUUUUCAGUAAGCUAUAUUUCCUAUGGUGAUUAUACGAAUGCUUGUUUGCUUUUUUGCCACUGUUUCAUCGAAUGUGGGCUCUGUAGAAAUUCUCUGUAGAGUGAAGCAAGAUGCAAGGAAAACAAACAAGCACCUUCCGAGAUGUAGCAAUGCAGCAGAGAGACCAAGAUCUCUUAAGUAGAAACAAACAAAAACAAAAAAUAUGUCUGCUACUCUUCUUCUUAUUGUUGUUGGAAAACUAAUGGGCACGCCAGGUAACCCCAUGACUAGAUGGCCUUCCCCGUGUCCCGCACAGCAUGGUUUACUUUGCAUGGCUUCUACUGCAGCACUGGCUAUGCUAUCUAUCCGCUUCCCAGUUUGUUUCCCUUACUAGAUUGACAGGCAGCUCUCCCAUCUCUUCCCUUGUGAGAAAGCAGUCCUCAGGCAAAAGGACAACAGCUCUACCUUUCGAUACCCAGAGUCUAGGACACAGUGUUGAAAUGGUUAAUGACUGAGCCACUGAUCAACCAAUGCUUGGCUAGAUGUUUUGACUUUUAGUCAGGGCCUCACUGUUCAUUCACACAAUGCCAAGACCUGCAGGUGGGGGAAUCUCAGUCUCUGGCUCUCAAAAACAACCCAGAGAUACUGUGGUGUGCACUGAUUUAUAAUCAGACCCCAUGCUGGUAGGACACAAGAGAUUAGAAGUCCGUUGGGUAGGGGAAGUGGAUAUUGCAAGAAUUUUCUCCCAGGGGGAGGGAGGCGGCAAUUAAGCAAUGUCUACACCCUCUUUGUAAUGUCCUAAGGUGAAAAAAAAAAUAGUUCAAUUACACCAGAGUUUAUCCUGAGGACCCUUGAGUUUAUUACACUUACUUAGGGAACAUGGGUGUGUGGUUAUGGGCAGGAGCAUUGAGAUCUUAAAUCAGCCAUGACUGGAACAUCUACACCCAGUACAUGGUUAUGCAGACAGCGCUUCUUCUCUUCCCCUAGUCUUUCUGAGCUCAUAUAGUCUACCCCUCCCCAGGGUCCCUGAGACCGAGUGCAAACCUAGGAAGUUGCAGAUGACAGGCUGGGAGGCAUGGCUGGAUGCUCAGGUGAAGGUCCAAUGACCCGCCCUACCUCACUUCCUUCAAUGAGUCUGCCAAGAGUUAACAAGCCCAGCUGUGAUGAUCAUUUGCAAGCAGACACAGCUGGUCCCACAAGGAUGACCGUUAUUCGGCUUGGAGGACAGCACUGUCUAACUGUAGAUAGAGAGGGUUUCUGAAGGUCUGGGUCUCCACAGUCCAGAAUGAGCUCUUACCUCAGCUACUACUGAAAGUGAGUGUUCGUGCUAUCUCUGGACACAUAUCCGAAAUUGACACUUCAUGACUUAGGAAAUCGGGGAACUAGGGACAAGCUCACUUUCCAAAUAAACUAAUGCUUUUGGGGUGUUUUUUUUCUUUUACUCCCAAAUAGGCUCAUGAAAUAUUUUACUUUGUACAACCUUUUAGGGCAGCGCACCAUUUUCCUUCUCCUCUCUAACUGAGGGUCUGCAGGGGCAGCUGACUCUUGCAUUUUCCCCAUGACAGGCUGGAGUUUAAGAUGUUUUUGGCUCUUUACAGGACUGUCUUCUUGGGAGGUCAGGCAGAUGGAGUCUGUAAUGCAUGAAGGAUGGGUUGAUGGGGCUGGUCAUGUACAGGUCAUCGCUGAAGCCCCAUCCCCACUUAGAAUAGUGGCUGAUGUUGAAGAUCAUGGGGGUGGGGGUGGGGGCAGUUGCUGCUUCCUGAUUGGAGAAUGGCUCCUGCCCCCAGGGGACAUCCAAACGCCAGUGGUCCGGAGAGCUUUGGUGGUAAGUUUCAAACAGGCCUAUUGCUGACAGUUGGAUGAGUUUGAAAGUUUAGAGUCGGAGAACAAAGAAAGAAGCAUUGUCAAUGCUGGGUUUACAACUCGGCCUGUUUGGGGUUUGCAUCUUCGUCUAUACCGCAUGUAAUAAAAAUGGACAAAUGUGCUCUAAAAUCAUGAAAUAUUCUUUUCAGAACAGCUUGCUGUUCUCUGAACUACUGACUCUUUUAGCUACCAGUGCUUGCUAAUGACAUUGAUUUAAAGUUACUUUUUUUUUCAUGUUAACAUAGUAUCCACAUGGAAGCAGUAUACUUGCAGAAUAUUUUUGUAACGGACCACAGUCUGAUUUAAAUAGGAAAUGUUGUAAUUAUCUCAUUUUGCUUCCCACUUGCUAUUUUUCUCUCUUGUCUAGUUUGGAGGAUACAGAUUUUUAGUUUAAGUAGGAAAAGUGAAAAGGGGGGUGGGGUGGGAAGGGAGAUGAAACUGUUCCGGGAAGAACAGCUAAAAUUAUUAAAGUGACAAGGAGGAGAAAGGCACUUGGAAGCUGAAGGAGAAGGUGUGCGACUUCAGUUUAGAAACCGAAGACCUUAGAAUUAUAUUAUGUGUGGUUUGGAGUGUGCAAGUACACAAGUGUGCAGAUGGGUGUGAAACACCCACAUUUCUGUUUUAACAUGAGAGGGAACUUAGGUCCUCGUGCCUGCAGGACACUUUACCUAUUGAGUGGUCCCCUUAGCCUGCAAGUGCUUUUAAUUCAAAGCAAAGAAUGUACUGUUUAUUAUAUUUGCACAUAUUUGACCCUCUCAGAACCUCCCCCAACCCCUGCCACAAUGGCUUUGGUGCCUAUUUUAACUGGGAACUUUUUUUUUUCUUAAUGGCAAACACACAUUGUGGCCAUCACCAGUUCCGUGUCUGUGUCUGUGUCAUACUUUACCAAUGGACUGGGCUGCUAGUUGGAUGCACCCAGAGAAUCUUUGCAGAAGUGCUGUGAAAGCCACUUCACUUCAGCUAGGCCUUGAGCUGUUACACCUCUGUUGACGGUGGCCUAACCUUACAGUUUACAGUAGGAAUCUCCAGAGUCCCAGGCUAGGCACCCAUCACCUGGGAGUUUAUUUGGAAGACAGCAUCUCAGCCUUUUGGAGACCUUGAAGACCUAUUGAAUUGGAUUUUGCAGUUCUUAUGCAUAUGAAGGCUUAGGAGGCCCUGGAGGUACACUGAAUGAACACUUUAUUUGGCUAGAAUUCUCAGCCUUAGUACACAUCAAAACCCCCUGUUAAGCAUUAUUUAAGACACAGAUUGCCUUCACUCCCCCCUUACCCUCUGGGAAUUUUCAUUCAGUAGGUUGGGAUUGGGUGGAGUGUAUCAAAAAGUGUUACAAGUUCUCUGUGCUGCUCUGGGGACUAGACCUUGGACACCCUCUGUGCCUAAGCUCUGAGGAUAUUUGGGAAUAGCUCCACAAUCCCUAAUAGGGAUCAUGACUGCCCUUCUACAACUCUUCAGGCAGCUGUGAAGAAUCAGAGUUCAAGGAGGAAAGUCCCACAACCCUUUCUCAUGGCGUUCUUACUCAAAGGCAACUGCACCACUCAUCCAUUCAGUGACAAUCUGGGUAGCUUUUCAGUCCAUAGCGUUCUGCUUGCUUCUGACAGAAUCUCAUGAAAGUCAAAAGACGGCUCUUCCAAACAUUUAUUCCUUUAGAAGAGACUGCUCGGAACAAUAAAUAUGUUAAAUAAAACAAGAUACUAGCAUAGGAGAUUGUCCAGAUGGACGAGGGCAGAGUAUACCAUGUCAGGGACAAACUUGUGAUUUAAAGAGCUAAACCAGGCUAUGUGCAUCCCCCCCCCCCCCGAGCUAGGGUAGAAAGGGCCUGCAAACAGGCUGGGAAAUAUGGGAGCAGGGAGUAUCAUGUCACAUCUCAACACUCCAGGGGCUGUUUGAAAACUGAACUUUUACUUCAGUCUGGGCUCUUAGUUUAAGCUACUAACACAAAAUGCUGUUGACAGGGCCGCUUUAACAACAAAUGCCUCUUUCUCCUAGGCCUAGAGGCUGGAGAUCUGAGAUCAGGCUGCAGCCAUGGUCAGAUUCUUGUCAAGGGCUGUGGUUUCUGUGGAUUCAGAAAGGCUGCCAUUGCACUAUCAGAAGUUAUCCAUCUUCAUCGUGUCUCCUCUAACAUGGCACUGGGCCCAUCAUGAGGACCUCUCGGUCACGUACUUACAACCUCCCAGAGGUUCCACUGCCUAAAACCAGUCGAGGAUUGGGUAUUUAUUUACAGUAUUUAUUUACACUGGAAUCAGACAGAUUCUGGCAGAUGCGGAGCGAGCAAACUGCCCACCACUGAGCUACAUCUCCAGCUCCUUUUUACAUUUUAUUUGAACAAAGAGGAUCAUUAAAUUGACCUCAACCUGGGAUCCUCCUGCCUCAGCCUCUAAAGUAGCAGAAAUUACAAGCUUACACCCCCAUUCCUGGCCACAUUAGAGUUUUGCCAGGUAAGUUUGAGAAUGAUAUAGCCCAUAUCAUUAGGAUGAGUGAAAUUCAACCCUAUGGAUGUUACAACUUCAGGCUAUAGGAUAGGAAGAAAGUGACAACAUCUGUCCUAGACACAGAAAAGUGGCUUAAAGAGAUGACAGUGGGACAUACUCCGGUGGGUUCAUUAAUAAUAAAGACAGAUUUUUUUUUUCUGGUCCCCUACACUGCCAGACACUAUCUCAUUUAGCUGGGCAGUGCUUUUAGGGAAAAGUACUCAAACCUCCACUUGACUUGCAUGAGACACAGUGUUAGGUCUAUAAAGAUGGAGGAACUUCCCAAUUCAAAUCCAAACUGAUCUCUAAGGUGGGUGUCCUUGAAGAUCAGCCCCAUGCACCCUGUCUGCACUUUCUAUUUUCCCUUCAGUCCUCAGACCCUGAGUCAGAGAGAGAAAGGAAGGCCUUCAUGAAACCAUGAAACCAGGGCAGGUUUAGCCUCAGCCUGCCCGGGUCACCAAGCCACUCUAAUUACAGUCUGUGGUAGGUGGCAAGGAGGAGCUGUCUUGGGGCGCGAAGCUUCCCCGGCCAUUGUAUCAGCCUAUAAAUAUUUCAAAUACUUAAGUGCAACGUGCAACCUUUGAAUGUCGCAGAGGAAGCUGUUGGGACGCCCCUGAGCCCACCCGGAAAGAAGAAAUGGCUGGAGUGUCCUUCAGGCGGGGGACAAGGAGACCCGCCCAGUCAUUCCCAAUGGAGGUGCAGAGAGGUUGGGGCGUGCCUCCGGAACCCGCAAACCGUUGAGAUGACCCGAGCGAUUUGAAAAAGAGAAACUGAUUUCCCCAACACAUGCCUGGGGGUGGAAGGAGGCGGGAAUCUACAACCCAACGGCGUUUUCAAAGGCGGCUCCGGGGACGCAGGGGUGGCGGCCCGCGGGGAGGCGCGCGCCGGGGCCGUGCCGCAGAGCGGCCACCAGCUCGCUUUGUACUUGCGGCCAAGCGCGGCCCCAGAGUUUCGGCGGCGGCCCCGCGGAGUUGAGGCCACGCCCCCUUGCAGUGCGAGUCGCGACCGCGGAUUGGUCCGCGGCUAACCAAUAGGCGCGCGGGAACGGCCCGGGCUGUCAGCGCGCGCCGCAGCCGGUCCUCCCCUGCGUCCAGCCCUGCAGCCCGCGCUGCCUUCCCCCGAGCUCAGCUUAGCGCAGCGCUGCCAGCCUGGCCAGCUGCGCGUCCUGGUGCCCGCGCUCUGUCACCACCGCCGUGCUGCGCUGGAGCGCACGGAGCAUGGCCAGAGCCGCAGAAGCUCAGGUGCUUGGUGUUCGAGGGGCUUGUGAGCAUCGGUGAUCGGCUGUCACGCCCAGACAGACCUGUCUGCGGAGAUCGCCCAGAGUCUGCCUAGGCGCGGGUGACCCUGUGGCGCGUUUGCUGGGUGACAGCCGCUUCGCGGUUGAUACGUCUUGGGCUCCGUGCGUCCUCCGUCUCCCCAUCCUCUGCUCUUUUGCUCCAAGGUUCACACCCGCAGGCUCCAGAGCGCGACGUGUGCGUCCCCGUAGCCGGUGUCUCUUCCUAAGGAGCCUUCUCACUUCGGAGACGCAAUGACAAGUUAAUAUGGGCGUCCACGCCUCGGUUUCCCAGGAGAAGAAUUGCCAGAGGCAGCGGUCCCCGAGAACCCAGAGCUUCUGAACAGGCCUCCCGCUGCGACAUCCGCGCAGGUGGGACCUGCUGAGGGCAGUGACUAGCCCGCCACCCGGCAGGCGCACUCGCAGGAUUUCCCCAGUUCCCCGACCCGGGGAUUCUGUUUUUUGGGUUUUUUUUUUUUUUUCUUCCACUGUUGGUGGGCGCCUCGCGGGCCGAGGCCCGGCGCCUACUCGGCUGCCCGCGCUGCCUUUAGCGGUCGCCUCCGCCGCCGCUGCCAGGGACGUGCUGGGAAAGCCAAAGCCCCGGGAGAAGAUGCCGGCCAUCCUGGUAGCCUCCAAAAUGAAAUCGGGACUGCCCAAACCCGUGCACAGCGCCGCGCCCAUCCUGCACGUGCCCCCGGCCCGGACUGGUCCUCAGCCCUGCUAUCUUAAGUUGGGAAGCAAGGUGGAGGUGAGCAAGACGGCCUACACUAGCCAAAUCCCCCUGAAAUCGCAGGGGCUGCAGGAGCCGACGGGGGAGGGGCUCCCGUUGCUGAAGAGCAGCUCUCUGGAGAACGGGUUCGAUACCCAGAUCUACACGGAUUGGGCCAAUCAUUACCUCGCUAAAUCCGGCCACAAACGCCUCAUCAAGGACCUCCAGCAAGAUGUGACCGAUGGCGUGCUCCUGGCCCAGAUCAUCCAGGUUGUAGCAAAUGACAAGAUUGAAGACAUCAAUGGCUGUCCAAAGAACAGAUCGCAAAUGAUUGAAAACAUAGAUGCCUGCUUGAAUUUCCUGGCAGCUAAGGGAAUCAACACCCAGGGGCUGUCUGCAGAAGAGAUCAGGAAUGGGAACCUCAAGGCCAUUCUAGGCCUCUUCUUCAGCCUCUCCCGAUACAAGCAGCAGCAGCAGCAGCAGCAGCAACAGCCUGAGAAGCAGCCCCUCUCCUCAUCUCCUCUGCCACCUGCCGGGUCUCAGGUGGCCGGGGCGCCUUCCCAGUGCCAGGCUGGCACUCCUCAGCAUCAGGGGCUGGCCACUCCCCAAGCCCCGUGCCAGCUCCUCCAGCCAGUUUCACAUCAGCAAGGAAAGACACAAGUGGAAAUGCAGUCCAGUGCAUCAUCUAAGGACUCAUCUCAAAGCAAAAUCAUCCGCUUCACUCUGGGUCAGAAAAAGAUCUCUAGACUCCCAGGUCCUACCGCAAGGGUGGCCGCUGCAGGCAGCGAGGCCAAAACUCGCGGAGGGUCAGCUGCUGCCAACAACCGUCGGAGCCAGAGCUUUAACAACUACGACAAGUCCAAACCUGUCACCUCUCCACCCCCACCCGCACCACCAAGUAACCAUGAGAAAGAGCCACUGGCAAGCUCAGCCUCCUCCCAUCCAGGAAUGAGCGAAAAUGUCCCUGCGCCCUUGGAGAACAGCCCUUCCGUCCCUGUUAACUGCUCCUCCUCAGCCAUCCCCCAGCCCAGCAUGACCUCCAAGCCUUGGCGUAGCAAGUCCCUCAGCGUGAAGCACACUGCCACGUCAGCCAUGCUGUCCGUCAAACCCGCUGGGCCCGAGGCCCCCAGGCCCACACCUGAAGCCAUGAAGCCUGCCCCUAACAAUCAGAAAUCCAUGUUGGAAAAGCUCAAACUUUUCAACAGCAAGGGAGGCUCCAAAGCAGGUGAGGGCUCAGCAUCCCGGGACACGAGCUGCGAGCGACUAGAGAUCCUGCCCAGCUUCGAAGAGACUGAAGAGUUGGAGGCCACAGCCAACAGGGCACUUUCUACCGUGGGCCCUGCAUCCAGCAGCCCCAAGAUUGCACUCAAGGGCAUUGCACAGAGGACUUUCAGCAGGGCGCUUACCAAUAAGAAGAGCUCCCCAAAGGGUAAUGAGAAAGAGAAGGAGAAGCAGCAGCGGGAGAAGGAGAAGGAGAAAGAGAAGGAGAAGGGCAAGGACCUCACCAAGAGAGUCUCCGUGACCGACAGGCCUGACCUCAAGGAAGAAACCAAGGCAGAUCUCAGUGGGGUGGCUGUGACUGAGAUGCCGAAAAAGUCCUCCAAGAUCGCCAGCUUUAUCCCCAAAGGGGGCAAGCUCAACAGCACCAAGAAGGAGGCUACAGCUCCGUCCCACAGCGGCAUACCAAAACCAGGAAUGAAGAACGUGUCUGCGAAGUCCCCAAGUGCCCCCAUACCUCCCAAGGAAGGAGAGAGGAGCAGAGGGAAGCUGAGCUCAGGGCUCCCUCCCCAGAAGGCCCAGCUGGACAGCAGGCACUCUAGCUCCUCCUCCAGCCUGGCAUCCUCGGAGGGAAAAGGCCCCGGAGGGACCAGUCUAAACCCCAGCAUCAGCAGCCAGACCGUCAGCGGCUCCGUCGGGACCACGCAGACCACUGGAAGCAAUACCGUCAGUGUCCAGCUACCUCAGCCUCAGCAGCAAUACAACCAUCCCAACACAGCCACGGUUGCACCUUUUCUGUACAGGUCCCAGACGGACACCGAAGGGAAUGUCACUGCCGAGUCCAGCUCAGCGGGUGUGAGCAUGGAGCCCAGCCACUACACCAAGAGUGGACAGCCUGCUCUGGAGGAACUCACUGCAGAAGACCCCGAGGCUCGGCGACUUCGGACAGUAAAGAACAUCGCAGACCUACGACAGAAUUUAGAAGAGACCAUGUCCAGUUUACGGGGAACUCAGGUUACACACAGCACAUUAGAAACCACGUUUGACACCAACGUCACCACUGAGAUAAGCGGCCGCAGCAUCCUCAGCCUCACAGGACGACCCACUCCUCUGUCCUGGAGACUCGGACAGUCCAGCCCCCGGCUCCAGGCAGGAGAUGCCCCUUCAAUGGGCAACGGGUAUCCACCUCGAGCCAACGCCAGCCGCUUCAUCAGUGCCGAGGCAGGCCGCUACGUGUACUCUGCCCCUCUGAGAAGGCAGCUGGCCUCUAGGGGCAGCAGCAUCUGCCACGUGGAUGUCUCGGACAAGGCAGACGAUGACGUAGACCUAGAAGGCAUAAGCAUGGACGCCCCAGGCUACAUGAGUGAUGGAGAUGUCCUGAGCAAGAACAUCCGAAGCGAUGACAUCACUAGCGGGUAUAUGACAGAUGGUGGACUCGGCCUUUACACCCGUCGCCUGAACCGGCUUCCUGAUGGGAUGGCUGUGGUGCGAGAGACCCUACAACGAAAUACCUCCCUGGGCCUCGGAGAUGCUGACAGCUGGGAUGACAGCAGCUCCGUCAGCAGCGGCAUCAGCGACACCAUAGACAACCUCAGCACGGAUGACAUCAACACCAGCUCCUCCAUCAGCUCCUACGCCAACACGCCUGCCUCCUCCCGGAGAAACCUGGAUGUUCAGACUGACGCUGAGAAGCACUCACAGGUGGAGAGGAAUUCCCUAUGGUCUGGUGACGACAUCAAGAAAUCAGAUGGAGGCUCAGACAGUGGUGUGAAGAUGGAGCCGGGCUCCAAGUGGAGGCGGAAUCCUUCAGACAUGUCUGAUGAGUCGGACAAAAGUGUGUCUGGCAAGAAGAAUCCAGUCCUCUCACAGACAGGCUCAUGGCGGAGAGGCAUGACGGCAGAGGUGGGCAUCACCAUGCCAAGGACCAAGCCAUCGGCUCCGACGGGCACACUGAAGACUCCAGGGACUGGAAAAACAGAUGACGCCAAGGUGUCUGAGAAGGGAAGGCUUUCGCCCAAAGCUUCCCAGGUCAAGCGCUCCCCAUCGGAUGCUGGCCGCAGCAGCGGGGAUGAAUCCAAAAAGACCCUCCCCAGCAGCUCUAGGACGCCCACGGUCAAUGCCAACAGCUUUGGGUUCAAGAAACAGAGCGGCUCUGCUGCUGGGCUGGCCAUGAUCACAGCCAGUGGGGCCACCGUCACCAGCAGGUCUGCCACACUGGGUAAAAUCCCCAAGUCGUCCGCCCUCGUCGGUCGGCCCACGGGUCGGAAGACAAGCAUGGAUGGAGCCCCAAACCAGGAUGAUGGGUAUCUGUCUCUCAGCUCCCGGACGAACUUACAGUACCGGAGCCUGCCUAGGCCCAGCAAGUCCAACAGCCGGAAUGGAGCAGGGAAUAGAUGCAGCACCAGCAGCAUCGACUCUAACAUGAGCAGCAAGUCGGCAGGCCUGCCAGUGCCCAAGCUGAGGGAGCCCUCCAAAGCAUCCCUUGGCAGCUCCCUACCAGGGCUUGUCAACCAGACGGACAAGGAGAAAGGCAUCUCUUCAGACAGCGAGAGCGUGGCUUCCUGUAACUCUGUGAAAGUGAACCCAGCCACCCAGCCGGUGUCCAGCUCAGCUCAGGCCACUCUGCAGCCAGGGACCAAGUAUGCAGAUGUGGCCUCUCCCACACUCCGCAGACUCUUUGGUGGGAAGCCUACCAAGCCCAUCGCCACAGCCGAAACCAUGAAAAGUGCAGUGGUCAUCUCCAACCCUCAUGCCACCCUGACCCAGCAAGGUAACCUAGAGUCCCCCUCAGGGAGCGGUGUCCUGAGCAGUGGGAGCAGCAGCCCUCUCUACAGUAAGAACGUGGACCUCAACCAGUCUCCUCUAGCGUCCAGUCCCAGCUCAGCCCACUCAGGCCCUUCUAACAGCCUCACCUGGGGUACCAGCUCGUCGGCAGUGAGCAAGGACGGCCUGGGCUUCCAGUCUGUUAGCAGCCUGCACACCAGCUGUGAGUCUAUUGACAUAUCCCUCGGCAGCGGAGGGGGCUUGAGCCACAACUCCUCCCCUGGUCCAGUGGCCUCCACUAAGGAAGACUCCUUGAUGCCUUUUGUCCGCACCAGCAGUGUGAAGACCACACUGUCGGAAAGCCCUCUCUCUUCCCCUGCUGCUAGCCCUAAGUUCUGCAGAAGUACUCUGCCCAGGAAACAGGACAGUGACCCGCACCUUGAUAGGAACACUUUGCCUAAGAAAGGACUCAGGUAUACACCCACCUCCCAGCUUCGCACGCAGGAAGACGCCAAAGAAUGGUUCCGGUCCCACUCAGCUGGGGGCCUGCAGGACACUGCUACCAAUUCCCCCUUUUCCUCCGGCUCCAGCGUCACUUCUCCUUCAGGAACAAGAUUCAACUUCUCUCAGCUUGCGAGCCCCACCGCUGUCACCCAGAUGAGCUUGUCCAACCCAACCAUGCUGAGGACCCACAGCCUGUCCAACGCAGACGGCCAGUAUGACCCCUACACCGACAGCCGCUUCCGGAACAGCUCCAUGUCUCUGGAUGAGAAGAGCCGAACAAUGAGUCGGUCAGGCUCCUUCCGGGAUGGGUUUGAGGAAGAAUUAUGGAAGGAAAGUUCUACCGGUUGCUUUGUCAGCUACCUUCAUAACUCACUUCAUUUCUCUCACCCUCUGCUCCUUCCCUUGAGACUUCCAACAGUUCAUGGAUCCUCCCUGUCCUUGGUUUCCAGCACAUCCUCCAUCUACUCCACGCCAGAAGAAAAAUGCCAGUCAGAGAUUCGAAAGCUGAGGCGAGAGCUGGAUGCCUCCCAGGAAAAGGUGUCUGCGCUGACUACCCAGCUGACUGCAAAUGCUCACCUUGUGGCAGCCUUCGAGCAGAGUCUGGGAAACAUGACCAUCAGGCUACAGAGUUUAACUAUGACCGCUGAGCAGAAGGAUUCAGAACUGAACGAGUUAAGAAAAACCAUCGAGCUGCUGAAGAAACAGAAUGCAGCUGCCCAGGCUGCCAUUAAUGGAGUGAUUAACACGCCAGAGCUCAACUGCAAAGGAAAUGGCAGUGCCCAGGCUACAGACCUACGCAUCCGCAGGCAACACUCCUCCGACAGUGUCUCCAGUAUCAAUAGCGCCACCAGCCACUCAAGUGUGGGCAGCAACAUAGAGAGCGACUCAAAGAAAAAGAAGAGGAAAAACUGGGUCAAUGAGUUGCGCAGCUCCUUCAAGCAAGCCUUUGGAAAGAAGAAGUCCCCCAAGUCAGCGUCCUCUCACUCAGACAUCGAGGAGAUGACGGAUUCUUCAUUGCCUUCCUCACCAAAAUUGCCACACAAUGGGUCUACAGGCUCCACCCCACUGCUGAGGAAUGCCCACUCAAACUCUCUCAUUUCCGAGUGUAUGGACAGCGAAGCUGAGACGGUCAUGCAGUUACGAAAUGAGCUGAGAGACAAGGAGAUGAAGCUGACAGACAUCCGCCUGGAAGCCCUCAGCUCUGCUCACCAGUUGGACCAGCUCCGGGAGGCCAUGAACAGGAUGCAGAGUGAAAUCGAGAAGCUGAAAGCCGAGAAUGACCGACUGAAGUCUGAGUCUCAAGGCAGUGGCUGCAGCCGGGCCCCCUCCCAGGUGUCCAUCUCCGCCUCCCCGAGGCAGUCUUUAGGGCUCUCCCAGCACAGCCUGAACCUCACAGAGUCUACUAGUCUAGACAUGUUGCUGGAUGACACUGGUGAAUGCUCGGCUCGGAAGGAAGGAGGCAGGCAUGUUAAGAUAGUUGUCAGCUUUCAGGAGGCAAUGAAGUGGAAGGAGGACUCCAGACCACACCUCUUCCUCAUUGGCUGCAUCGGAGUUAGUGGCAAAACCAAGUGGGACGUGCUCGAUGGGGUGGUUAGACGGCUGUUCAAAGAAUACAUCGUUCAUGUGGACCCGGUGAGUCAGCUGGGGCUGAGUUCAGACAGUGUUCUCGGCUACAGCAUUGGUGAGAUCAAACGUAGCAACGCCUCAGAGACCCCCGAGCUCCUCCCUUGUGGCUACCUUGUGGGAGAGAACACCACUAUCUUGGUGACCGUCAAAGGGCUCACGGAAAACAGCCUGGACUCUCUGGUGUUUGAGUCCCUGAUCCCCAAGCCCAUCCUGCAGCGCUACGUAUCCCUGCUGACGGAGCACCGGCGGAUCAUCCUCUCGGGCCCCAGCGGCACUGGGAAAACCUACCUGGCCAACCGGCUCUCUGAGUACGUGGUACUUCGGGAAGGACGGGAGUUGACAGAUGGCGUCAUUGCGACCUUUAACGUGGACCACAAGUCCAGCAAGGAGCUGCGCCAGUAUCUGUCCAACCUGGCCGACCAGUGCAACAGCGAGAACAACGCUGUGGAUAUGCCUCUGGUGAUCAUCCUGGACAACCUGCACCACGUCAGCUCUCUGGGCGAGAUCUUCAACGGGCUGCUUAACUGCAAAUACCACAAAUGCCCUUACAUCAUCGGCACGAUGAACCAGGCUACCUCUUCCACCCCCAACCUGCAGCUUCAUCAUAACUUCAGGUGGGUGCUUUGUGCCAACCACACGGAGCCCGUGAAGGGUUUCCUCGGCCGCUUCCUGAGGAGGAAGCUCAUGGAGACGGAGAUCAGUGGGCGGGUGCGCAAUGCAGAGCUGGUGAAGAUCAUCAACUGGAUCCCGAAGGUCUGGCAUCACCUCAACCGCUUCCUGGAGGCCCACAGCUCCUCAGAUGUCACCAUCGGUCCCCGGCUCUUCCUGUCAUGUCCCAUUGAUGUGGAUGGUUCCAGAGUGUGGUUCACUGACCUGUGGAACUACUCCAUAAUCCCCUACCUCCUGGAAGCUGUCAGAGAAGGACUCCAGCUCUACGGAAGGCGUGCCCCCUGGGAGGACCCCGCCAAGUGGGUAAUGGACACCUACCCAUGGGCCGCCAGCCCACAGCAGCACGAGUGGCCCCCACUCCUGCAGCUCCGGCCUGAGGACGUGGGUUUCGAUGGCUACUCCCUGCCUCGGGAGGGGUCAACAAGCAAGCAGGUGCCCCCCAGCGACACUGAAGGAGAUCCACUGAUGAACAUGCUGAUGAGGUUGCAGGAGGCGGCCAACUACUCCAGCCCCCAGAGCUAUGACAGCGACUCCAACAGCAACAGCCACCAUGACGACAUCCUGGACUCGUCCUUGGAGUCCACUCUGUGAUGGAGACUCCCCCACUCUCCCUCGCUCCAUCCCACCCCGCAUCCUCCACUUCGUUCUGAAGAUGACUUCCUGAGCCAGCCCUGGCUGCCACAGCCUUGAAGCCAGAGCAGAGUAGCGGGAGCAGGAACCCCUCCUCGUCCCUUGCUCUCUGCCCUCGCAUGAGCAGCCCAGGACCUCCCCUUCCGACAGUGACAACUGUACUAGCCUCUCUUCUACCCUCAUCCUCGUUUUUUUUUUUGCCUUGUUGCCGUGACCUCCGUGAGACACUGAAAAUACUUCAUGGGAAAGGAUCCUCACUGUUGAAAUAUAAAGGGUUUAAAUGGAAAUUUUAAACGUAAGAUUCCACUUGGUGCCCUGAAACCCAACAGCAUCCCUCCACAUACUACCCCCCAGACAGAAAAGACUAAACUCAACUUGGAAACACAGACAGCAGGGCUUACUCCCAGCACAGACCCCGCCAGUUUGGGUCUGGCCACCAGCACCCCAGAGCCAUGCCACCCACCCUCCAUGGAAGAAUUGGUGCUAACGAGGGCGCCUGCUUGGAGCGCCACCCAGGGACACCCAUACAUCACAUGUCUCUGUUUUCCACAUGGUGCUCGCCUUCCCGAGAGGUAUUCUGUCUAUUCCAGUGCACCCCUCCCCCUGUUCCCGGCCCAUCAUCCCUCCCACCCACCCCCACCCCCACCCCCAUGAUCUGUGAGAGCAAGUGAAGAUGCAAGAAUGUGAGUGAGCAGAUGGGGCUAGCAACACAGAAAAGCGCGCCUGUUUCCUUCGUCUGUCUAAAUGGUCAGGUUUCUGUCCGCAAACACUGUGUACUGUACAAGUAGUUCUUUGGAGAACUAUCAACCCCUGCCUGUGUCUGCCUUUCUUCCUGGUUGAUUGUGAAGGCCCCUUUUCCCCAACCCCCACUCCCUUGACCAGAAUUAGUCCUUUGGUGAAAGCAAGAACUAAGUAGAGUUUGCCUCCUCCCUCAGCCUGGGUUUUCAGUGUCCACUGUCACAGUUCUGGGCCCUCGACACCUCCUUCCGGGGUUGUGUGGGCAUCCAUAUCCUUUCAGAUAGAGGAGGACUAGUUCUCCUCCUGUGGGUGAGCCAUGGACCUCGCCUUUCCUUCUUGUCUCUGAGAGCUGAGAACCCCACAGCAUCACCUUGGGCACCCCAGACCCCAGUUGCAGGAGGAGUUGACGAUGCCCCCUCACCAAAAGCUGGCACUUUCCUCAGAUCCAAUGUGACACAGCUUAGCCAGGGAGGGGCGGCCACCCUUCCCAGAAACCCGGCCAGCCGUGCCUCCGUCCCGAUGAGCCUUGCCUGACCUCUUCGGUGCUGACCGCCCCCAUGCAAUGCCUUACUGGUUUUGUGCUGACCGUGUCCAUUCACAUGAGUGUUGUGCCUGCCUGGGGUUGUGUGUGUGUGUGUGUGUGUGUGUGUGUGUGUGUGUGUGUGUGUGUGUGUGUGUGUGUCUUCCCCAUCGAAGUAAACAGGGCUAUAAGUCAUCUAUCCAUGAAGAGAACACAAGUUGCCGACCUCUCAUCUCAGAGAGUCAUCUAUGUGGAUGUAUGAUUGGGGGGGGGGGAGGGGGAGGGAGGGAGGGAGAGAGAGAGAGAGAGAGAGAGAGAGAGAGAGAUGUUUUUUAGGCUCCUAUCGGUCUCCAGCCAACAAAUUCACUGGACAGUGACCCCACAAGUCCAUUCAACCUUGCAAAUUUGUACUCUAGGACACACCCCUCAGUGUGCCAUGGCUUCAGCACACUGGUGUCCUCUUCACCGUAUGGACAUCUUUGAGCUCUUUGUGUUUUAUAGAAACUUUCCUGGCCCCACCGAGGGUGUCUCUGUUAACGAUCAGGGUUUUUAACCUCAUCUUUGAUGUUCCAUUCUUGAACGUUUGUCUUUUUUUUUUUUUUUUUUUUUCUUACCCUAAGAGCUUGGCCCAAAACUGCUCGCUUUCUUUGGAAUGGCACUGAUUUUCUUCCUCAUUGAAAGGAACAAGAAUGUGUCCUGCUAACUGGUAACUAGAAACAUUUCCGUUCCCUGCUGUAAGCCCAGACCCAGCCUGCCUUUGCUACUAGUGUGGAUGUGAGUGUGUCUUCUGUUGUUUUGUUUGUAAUAAAAGUUUCAAACCACGUGUCUAGCCUGUGACCAGGGCCAAACCCUGAGCCUUCCAGUGCCCCUGAAGGGUAGCCCUUCUCAGUCUUGUCUCCCAGCAACGGCCGUACACUCUCAUACUGUGAAUUUGGGAGGUAGGAAAAUCGAACCCCUCCUCAACAUAGUUUUCUCAGUCACCUUAGGAGUACACCGCACCAACAUUGCUUAAAACUGUUUCCUUAGCAACACCCUCUCCCCACUCUCCACGCCCAGAUGUCUCUCCCAGCCCACCCAGGAUCGCAACAGCAGCCUGUGUACCCAUUGCUGCCUGACUUGGUUCUGUAGCCCCAGAGUGCCUCCUGGCUCAGCCACCUUCCCGAAACACUGGGAAGUGGGGCUGUCUGAAAGGCACAUUUCCGACUGGGUCAUGAUUUUCCUUUUAAGUUGCUCGACCUUGGACAAAAUGACUUUGUACCCAUUUAGAACUCUGUCUGCAAUGCUUCCAUUUUGCCUUUUUCUAUAGAUAGGCUACUUUUGAAAUCCUAUGCAAUGCCGCUGCUGAGGUACCAGGGGGAGCCAAAAGUUUUCUUCCCAGGAGGCCAAGAAUUCUACAGAAGUCCUUUUAACUUAAGGUUGGGGGUGGGGUGGGAGUGUGACAAGGGCAAGACUCACCCAGAUCUUCCUCUGACCUUGGGGACAUUUUAAAUUUUAUUGUUUAAUGCUCGACUUUAAAAUUCUGUGUGCUCAAAUUCCAACCCUGGCAAAUCUACUUCAAAAGCAAAAACAGUCCAACUUUGCGGAUAUCGAAUGGGAGGUUUGCUGUUUUGACCUGCUUGUCUCGAGCCGAGCGGUUUAUGAAACAUGUUCUAUAAGAUGUACAUUUUUUUUUUCAUUGUAACAUAGAAAUUGUAAAUAUUCGAUGAAACUGCUGCAUUUUGAUGACUUUUUUCUAGCCAUUUUUAAAGAGAAAACUAGGAAUUGAGUAUUUUGUGUACGGUAUGUUCCCCACCACACCACCACCACCCCUCCAUCCCUCUCCCCCCUCUAUUUAAUUCUCAUUUGUCAUCAGGUUUUUGGGUUUGAGAACAAUCCGCUGGAGAUCUGCCCCAUGUCAUAGAGAAUAAAGCUGAUGAUUGUACCAGUCUUAAAUUAUUCAUGAUCCAAUAAACUUAAUGCUUAUUUAUUCAUA